GAAGUGACGCAGGGGGCGGGAAUCUGCCGGAAGGAGGGGCGGGAGCCGCGGGCGCCGGUGGGAGGCUCGUCCGGCUGUGGCGGCGGCGCCCGGGAUGGCGACCCCCAGGACCCCCAGGAAGACGGAGGCGCCGCCCGCCGGCCAGGCCACGCCGGAGCGGGACAGGUGAGGCUCGCUGGGCGGGCGCGGGAGGGAGGGCGGCGCGUCCCCCUCGGCCAGGUCUCUCCCAGGCGGGGGCGCGGCGGUUUCUCUCGGUUGUGGCGAAGGGAGCCGGGCGGGGCUGCGGAGGGUCCGGGGCAGCUUCGCGUCUCCCCGGGGCGGGGCGUGGAGGAUGCCCGCCCGCCUCCCUCCUUCGCCCGCCCGUUGCUCUGGCGGGACUCGCGGCGCCUCACCUGCCACCAGCAGAGAGAGAGAGAGAGGACAGCGCUGUCCCCUCGUAACUCUCCUGCAGACAUCCUGAAAAGGAGGGCGAUGUAUGUGAAGCAGAGAGAAAGGAAACGGCAACAGGGACACCAGGGAACAGAGAUCCCGAAAUGGAUCUCCUCUCUCUCUCUGCCCGGCAAGGAACUUUUAUUCUGACCAGUCCUGUCGUAGGGAGUGAGGUGAGGAUUCCCCCGGCAUCCCUGCUCCCUCCAGCUCCCACCUCCGCCUCCACCAGACUCCAGAUGUCUCUUCCUGGGACCCCAGCUGCUGCUGCUGCUGCUGCUGCCAUCCUGGCAACUACAGUGGUACCUCGGGUUACAUACACUUCAGGUUACAUACGCUUCAGGUUACAGACUCCGCUAACCCAGAAAUAUUACCUCGGGUUAAGAACUUUGCUUCAGGAUGAGAACAGAAAUCGUGCUCCGGUGGCACGGCAACAGCAGGAGGUCCCAUUAGCUAAAGUGGUGCUUCAGGUUAAGAACAGUUUCAGGUUAAGAACGGACCUCCGGAACGAAUUAAGUACUUAACCCAAGGUAUAGCUGACACAUUUGCAUUCCAGCACACUUUUGAUCCUGGUGACAUCCGGAAUGUCAUAGAGAUAGGUUGGGAAAUGAAUAGAGUGCCCUUGCUCUAUCUUGUGCUCUAUCACUAGAGGUUUAGUUAUAGGAAGAUGGGACAUACGGUUGGCCAGAAAUACAGAUCUUAUGGAUGACGUCUCAUGCCUUUCUCCCGCCAAAUGGAAAUGGAUAAAAUUAGUGUCUAACCAGAAAAGCUUGUUCUAGCCCAAGGCAACGCAUGUAGUGCUUCAGGGGGAGUCCAACAUGGCAGCCAUAUUUUUGUCUCGACCCACCUUGGAUACAAGCCCACUGGUUGAGGAUCCCUGCCUUGUCCUGAGCAUAACCUCUAGGCCCUGUAUCUAUUUCUACCGUUCUCCCUUGGCUAGGUUUAAUCAGACAUGAAGGGCAAGGCUUGCAAUAGCACGUUGUUAGGUGCAUAGUCACAAGCACCUUGUCAAAAAUAAAAGGCUGCAAAAACUGAAAUGAAUCCCAUAAAGCAUGAUUUGAUGCAUCAUUGGAAAUCUCACUUGGAGCUGCAUCAGUCAUUCAUACAACCAGCUUUAAAAUCCAAAUCUCAAAAAUUAUUUCUGUCGGUGUAGAACUUUUCUCGUGAGCCAAUAGUACUGUUUGUUUAUUAUAGCUAUCACUUUGCACAAAAGUUACUAAUUUGGUUUCGGAAUCACUGAGAACUCAGUUGCAUCUGCAAAUGUUUGCAAGGAAUUUGCACGCUUACUUCAAAAGCUAGCCAGACUUAGUGGCAGCUCUCAGUGCAAGACCUUUCUUUAGAUGACUGCUUGUUCUGUUCAUGGAAAGAUUUUACAAAUUCAGUAGAGUGUUGUCCCAAUAAAACACACCCCAAAAAUGCAUCCAAAAACUAAUUCUAAUCAAAUGGGUUCUGAUAUUUGUAGAUUUUAAUAAACUGCAGCUGAUGUUCUUUAAUGUAUUUACCAAUAAUUGUAUUUAAACUUUUGAUCAAAAUUGUGGUCCAUAUUUUGUAAUAUUGGUUCAGGAAAGCAAUGGGUUAAUAAUACUCUAUUCUAGAGAAAUAGUGGUUCUUUUUUUGUUUUACCACCUGUUUGACUUAAUCCCUUUUUUGGGGGAAAUAUUGCAUUACUUAAUUUAUUUCUUCUAACAAAUUAUAUGCUAAUCCCUUAAUAAAUGUUUUGUAAUAUUCUCCUGUAAAACUAUCUGGCCCUAGUACGGUGCAAUAAGUUGAUAACAUUCAGUAAUAGUUCCCAGGUUUCAGUAUCUGUUGCAGGUCCAUCUGCACUGUACAUUUAAAGCAGUAUCAUACCACUUUAAACAGGUAUGGUGUCUCCCAAAGAAUCCUGUAUAUCUGAAAGAGCAUUUCCACCACCAGCUCCGAGGGCCUUCUGGUGGUUCCCUCAUUGCAAGAAGUGAGGUUGCAGAGGGCCUUCUUGGUAGUGGCACCCUCCCUGUGGAACACGCUGCAAUCAGAUGUCAAGGAAAGAAACAACUAUCUGACUUUUUAGAAGACCUCUGAAGGCAGCCCAGUAUAGGAAGCUUUUAAUGUGUGGUGUUUACCGUGGUUUUAUCAUUUGUUGGAAGUCGUCUAGAGUAGCUGGGGCAACCCAGCCAGAUGGGCGGCAUAUAAAUAAAUAAAUAAAUAAAUACUCCUCAUCCUCAUCAUCCUGGGAACUGUAGUGGUUUAACAGUUAAUCCUUCCCACGGAACUCUUGAAACCGUAGCUCUAAGCAAUAGUGCAGUGCAGCUGCAGUAUAUAAUUUGUGUUUCUUGUUCUGGUGUAGAGUACGAAUACUGUGGAUAAAAGCUGGUUCAUUAUGUGCUGAAGUUGCUGCAAUACUACAUGGUCUGAAGAAUGAACUUUAUGAUUGCCCAAAGAAUCCUGAUACUUUUCAUCCUGAUAAGUGAAGAAUAAUCCAUAACCCACCUUAAACUUAGGUUAUGGUCAUUUCCCCCUACAAGAUUACAAAGCAAAUGAAGGCAAGAUGGGGGAUCUAGCAGAAGAUGGAAUGAAUGCUGUGCACAAAAGAAAAGUUCUUUAGAACACAGAAGCAGUCAAGUGGGAAAGCAGCCUAGAAGAGAAGGGACUGCAGUUCCAUUCUAGCAAAUGUAAAAACCAAACAUCUCUUACUCAAUUAGAAGAGGUAGUCUGGCAAAAUCUGUAUCUCUAUAAAUUUGUGAACAACUUUGCAUAGCCAAUUUAUUUGGUUCUUUUUGUAAUUUGUGGUAUUUGGAGGAUUGUAACCAGCCAUAGUAAAACAGUUCAUACAGAGAGCAGAGGGGGACUUUAAGACAGUAACACCCAGUGAACUUCAUGGCUAAGUGGGGAUUUGAACCCAGGUCUCCCAGGUCCUAGUCCUACAGACACUCUAACCGCUCGCUGGGGAGAACCUUUUUCUUUCGAUUUGCAAAGUCACAGCUUCUGUGAUAGGAGCUGCCAGUGAGGGACGUUGACUCAUUCUGUACAUUCAUACCCGCAUAGCAUGAUUAUUUUAAAAGUUCUAAUGUUUUUAUUUCUGUAAAGGAAAACACUUCCCUGUAAACGGUAUAGGAGCAGUGGCGUAGUUGGGGGCGGGGGUUGGAGCUGGGGGAGCAUGGCCCCCAGGCACAUUUUUUGGAAGGGAACUCCCCACCCCUGCAAAAAUCCUAAUCCUUUUUGUCAUAGUUUCCCAUCUGCUCAACCUGCAUUCCUAGAAAGAAAAGAUGCAGCAGAUCCAAAUAAAGGGAGCAAACCUUUAUUCUUCCAAGCCAGCCAGCAAAAAUAAUAUUAUGAGAAGAAAUGAAAGGCAAAGCAAGAGGGAUUGCUUUACUGCUAGAACCAUUUAUUUUUGAGAAACAAGAUCACCAUUAGAAGCCCCUUAAAUCAUCAGCCAGCACAGGAAUCAGCAGCAGAAGCCCCACAAGCUUGUUUGCAAACCACAGCAUGUCUCAGCGAAAGUUUGGAGGGGACGGGUGAAAAUCAGUCAGAUUUUGAUACAUUUUUCUUCCUUAGGCUUCCAUUUGCUGAAAAAGCAUUUUUUGCCCUAUGUGAUGCCUUGCAUGUGACGGACAGUGUGCGAGUAACCGCUUGGAAGACUUAUGAAAAAGUGUCUCUGGAUGGAGUUGUAGUAAGUAUAUAAUUUAUUUCUUAACAGAUUAAUGGCCAUUUAUGUUAGAAUGUGCUCUAGAUACAAAAUACUUAUGAAGACUGAGACAAUAACACUAAACCAAAAACUUUAGUAGCCUCUCUUUAUACUCAAAACAUUUUUUUCUGCCUUUGUUUCUAUUUCAUCUUAUGCAGUUGAGUUGGUUUGCGAACAAAUAGUAUUGGUAGAAAUCAUGCAUAUGUAAUGGUCUUCUAAAAAAUGAUAAAGUUAGUGUGAACCUUAGAUGUUUCUGAAAUUGCAUUAAUCAAAUGUUGGCAUUUAUGACCAGUAACUUUGAAACAGGGUUCAGUUCUUUCCUGUAUAAGCACAACACUCAUGUGCAUAAAGACCUUUCCCCCUCCCCACUUGCCGUGUGCUGUUGGGCCCUCAGCAGACCAGGCAGGCCUAGGAAUGGGAAUCCUAGGCCUCCUGCCGUUCCUGUGCAGAUGUUCCAAGCUCACAUUGUUGAAUAAGGUGGAGAGGAGAAGCUGUAUGGGCAUGUGGGAAAUGUUUUUGUUCCUCACCAUGUCUAGAUAUGUCCUGCACAUGUGUCUACAGGUACCCUGAGGAGGGAAACCUGGGCUCUGGUGUGCCCUGUUGGGCCACACGCAUGGGCCACAAUCCACUUCUGAAGUGUUGCCCUGCCAAUUAGAGUGCUUUUGUUUCCUAUGGAUGUCCAUGGGAGAGCCCGGGAUGUGCUUAAUUUUUUCACAUUGACAUGAAUGGGGUUUCAGUAUCCUAAUCUUAAAAUCUAUCUUAAAAACGAAUUCCACUGAUUCUGAGGGGGUGCACGAGAACCUCAGCUAUUUUUAUAUCAAUCAUAUCCAUUUGACAUUUGCUUCUUGGUAUCAUUUGCCAAAUCAUACUAGCAUAUGCAUAUUCCUAAGAAAACGCUUUGUCUUAAGAAACAACAUUGACUACUCAGUUCUGCUUCUGAUUUACAAUGAGCAUGAAAAUUACUAUUUGUUUUUUGUAGGAGAGCCAUCUUAAAAAAGAAUGGUGGGGGAUCUGUAUUUUUACAGCAGCCAUUGACCUGGAUGAGGUGACAUUCACUUUUACAGAGCUUCUGAAAUGCCUAGGUAUUAGGUAGGUUUGUUGUAUCAGCUGAGUUUGAUACAAUUCAACAGGUAUGGAAUAAUUCUGUGUGUAUAUUUUGUCCGAGGCUUAUUUCCCGACUACUGUGAAUGGGUCUGUUGCUGUGGUUUUGCCUAAAGCAAUGUCUAACCAGGGUCUAGGAUUUAACAAGAUAAAUGUUUCCUCAUUUCACUUGCAUGAAGAGGGGUCUGAGAUCAGUUUUCGUCAGAUUGUACUUGACAAUGGGUAGGGACUGUUAACCUCCCUCCCUAUUUCCCAUAUCGAAUCCUACCCUGCUGUGGAAAUCCUGGCACUUCCUCCUGGCUGCAAAGCUUAAUAGCAGCUUGGCGGGUCUGCACUUUUGGUCAGGGAAGUGCUGUGCUACUACCCUGAUAACUUUUAUCAAGCCCUCCAUGCAUUGCAGCUGCAUUUAAAUAACGGGUGGUGGAGUAGGGAAUCGUGAUAGCAGCUUUGCCAUCUCAUGUCUGUUUUAGGCCAGGGAAAGAGAGUGGUGUGAGUUGGCUGAAGGUUGAAGUGCGAUGAGAUACAGUUUCUUUCUUUGGGACUCCAGGGUGAAGUGCUGGAUAGGCUGCCUGGGGCCAGUUUGCCUCCUCCUGUGCCUGGCUUGGGGAUAAAGCAAAUAUUUUAAAGGCCCUAUAUCAGGGGUCUGCAACCCGCGGCUCCGGAGCCACAUGUGGUUCUUUUACACCUUUGCCGCGGCUCCGGGGCGGAUACUAGCGAGGGGAGGAGGCACAUUGUGCGCCCCGACACUCCCCACUGUGGUGGACGCUGUACUGGCUGUGACGUCACAUGGGGGCGGUGCGUGCGUUAGUCAUGUACCGUCCCGACGUCACCUUCCCGCCCGCCCGCUACAUUGUAAGGGGCAUGUACACUGGUCACUGCAUUGAAAGGGGGCAUGUAUGCUGGUCACUGUUUUGAAGGGGAGUGAAGAACACACACACACAAAAAGGUAACUUGUUAAUUUAACGUUUAUUUCUAUGAGGAGGAGUAAUUCUGAGGGGUCAAACAAAAUAAUAAUUAAAAAAAAGUGACAAAAAAGUUAUUUUUAUAAUGAUGAGUUUUGCGGCUCCCAGUUGUUUUUUCUUCGGAAACGGGUCCAAGUGGCUCUUUUUGUCUUAAAGGUUGCAGACCCCUGCCCUAUAUGCUUCAGUGCUCUGUUAGCUGAGCAAAGCUUAAACCCUGUAGCAUUGCUGAAGCAUUUGGUCCUUUUUGAGAAAUUGGCUUUUAAUAUGUGCUUUGAGCCUUAUGGAAAUACUUGAUUAUUGACUGUUAUGUUUUUCUUGCAGCGUUUGCAAAUUUGUGUACAUGGUUAAAGAAAUGGAUGUCAACAUGGACACCAUUAGUACUAAAGUGGAAAGUACUAUAUCACACCUAAAGAAAAAAUAUGAUGUUCUGCUUGCACUAUACCACAAGUUGGAAAGGUAAAGUGCUUAUUGUUUGCUGCGUUCUAAAACCUAGUUUAAAUUUAAAUUUACUGUUUUGAGGGAAUUACAGCAUUAAAAUGAACAUUGUAUUUGGGGAUUAAGAAUGGUGUAGUGGCUGGAAUGUUGGUCUGUGACCUGGGAGACUGACGUUCUAGUCCCCACUCAGCCAUGAAGCUCGUUGGGUGACCUUGGACCUGUCACUGUCUCUCAGAAAUGAUAAGUCAAGAUAUCCCUGCAACCUCCAGCUUAGUCUUCCUAUUAUUGAUUGACAUAUCCCCCCAAGGUUCAAAGAAUUGACAGUCUUUCUGUUUAAAGCAGCACAAUCCCAAAUCACACAGAUAAAUGAACAGAAUAUGGUUUAUUGGGCUUUCUGACUGUCUCACUUACCAUGCCAAAAUUAUUCAAGGCACUGCUAAGAAAGAUUGUUUUGAGUCUGUCUGGUUCCCCUUUUAAGUUAAGAUAAUAACAACCUAAAUGUCAAACCUACAAUUGCUCAAAUCUCACUGUGGAGAGGUUUAGUUUCUCAUAAACAAAGAGGCUUGACACAGGUAACAUGUUUAUGACCUUAGCUUAGCUUAUCUCUUUUAUUUCAUUGUAAAGGCAAUAAAACAAUUUGGGGAAAAAUAGCUUUAUUAUCCUGUGUUUGACUGUAACACAGUAUGCAUUGAUGGUAUGAUAAAACAGAAAAGCAAAUAAAAAUUGAUUUAAAAAAAAUGGGAAAAAAAGUUCACAAUUCAGCCAAAUUAAUUCAAAAUUACACAAACACACACAGUGUUUUUUGAAAACUGAUAGUACAACAAUGCUUGUCUGGAUCAUGUACUACUACUACUACUUUUAAAUUUUUAUUUGUAUCCCGCUGUCCCCAGUAGAGGCCGGGCUCAGAGCGGCUAACAUUAUAAAAACAACACAAUAUGCAUAAAAACAGACAUCAAUUAAUUAAAAUACAUCUUAAAAUUAAUUCAGACAAGUUAAAAUCUGUGCAGGUGGCAAUUAUCAGGUUAGAAUUGAGAGUGGUUGAUACUUGCCAGGACCAACUGUUUCCACUGAGCAUACAAGGACCUGUGAGCGGGUUGGGGGACUCCUUCGGGCUUGUUUUUAUACAAAGGAAAGUAAGUCUGACCUAUAAUUAUGUAAAUUAUUGUGCUACAUUUGAACUUGCAUGUUUAAAUUUGUUCAUUCAAUAAAGAUACUGGUACCAUACUUAAGAUCUCAAAAUAGUCUACUCUUUAUUGCUCUUGGAUGGCCAUCUGUCAUGGAUAGUUUAGCUGGGUGAGAUUCCUGCAUUGCAGGGGGUUGGACUAGAGGACCCCUCGGUCCCUUCCAACUCUGCGAUUCUGUGUUUCUAAUACGUCCUUUAGCAACAUCCUUCCACCACAAAUUUGCAGCAUUGAAAUCCUCUGGGCUGGGAGGGGGUGUUUGAAUGGUGUGAAAGGGAAGAAGGAGGAGGAGUUUAAAACUUCCUGUUAAGUCACUCUGUAAAAUACUGCAGGGAGUACAGUGGACACUUGGGUUGCAAACAUGAUCCGUGCAGGAGGCACGUUCGCAACCCGCGCGGGUUGCAAUUCGGCGCUUCUGCGCAUGCGCAAAGCGUGAUUUAGCGCUUCUGAGCAUGUGCGACCGUCGAAACCCAGAAGUAACCCAUUACUUCCGGUACUUCCGGGUUUCGGUGUGUCCAUAACCUGAAAAAACGCAACCUGAAGCGUCUGUAACCCAAGGUAUGAUUGUAUCAGCAUAUUACAGUACAUAAAAGGGAACAGAACAGUUCCCUUGAGCUGCCAGUUACUAGUAUGUCUCUCAAGCUGAGCUGAAGAGUUUGGAUAAGGGAGAGGAAUAAGCAACUCUACUACACAAACACAAAGUAAAAACAAAAACCUGGUAUUCCUAUUUGGGGCUUUCACAACUAAGCAUUGUUGUCCAAGAAUAUCCAGGUAACCCUGAAAAGACGCACCCCAAGUUACUGGACAUGUUUUGCUUUGUGUGCAAGGGAUCUCCCUCCUUCCACAGCCCAGAGGGGCUCCAUAUCCACACUGAGCUCUUCCUCGGAGGGUUCCUGGACCCUCACAAAGCUCUUCCUCCCCACCUGCACCUCCUCUGCCCCCCUCAGCCUGAGGGGACGUAAUGCAGGGGGCUUCUCGCAGCCUCACACAGGAGAGAUCCGUUCCCUGGUCUGCUUCCCUUCCCUUCCCCAGCUCCCUCCAGCCCUGGGAGGCGUUUCUCCCCCCCCCCCCCCGCGGGCUCAGCGCCUGCAGCCACAAGUUGGAUCUGAAAUCUUAGGCGAGGCAUAAUGCGACAAGACUUCAGAAACUGCUCACAAUCAUAAAAUUCCUUGUUGCAGAACGUGCCUGCCUUGGGCUUUUCAGGUGCUUGCUAAAUGGUACAUAUAUUAUAUAUAAAAUAAUAGUGUAUAGUAUAGUACUAUAUAGUAUAGAAAUAAUAGUAGACAGAUUUUAGCAUUCAUAUGAUAGUAUAGGUUUCAGCAUAAUUGGAAAAACCGCUGCAGAAUUUCAUUUUGCAUCCCUUUGGCUCCUGCUAAAACCAUCUAGGAUCCAACCCUUUCCCAGCAAACACAUUUUCUUCAAAGCAGCUGUGACUUUAGAAUACUCUGGGCGUGCUGAGUUGAAAUCUUAAGUUUUAGAGUGCACUGAUACACCUUUUUUCUUUUUCUUUUUAAAAGAACUUGUGGACUUAUCUAUGUUGAGCAUCCUGAUGAUCAGUAAGUUUGUCUGUUUUCAGAAAAUCAAAGAAAUGUUGAUGUGUGAGCUGCUAGCUAGUGCAUAGGUUCACAAGAUAGCAGUUGGCAAAGGGUAGGAGUAUGUUUCACCGUUAUAAUGUGAAGAUAUAUUGUUUUAAUAAACUCUGUUGGGGGUGUGGGGGUGCUGUUUUUGUUUGUUACUAUCUUAGGUAUUUUUAUAUUGUAAACUGCCCUGUCAUCCUCAGAUGAAGGGUGGUAUAGAAUUAUUAUUAUUAUUAUUAUUAUUAUUAUUAUUAUUUUAGAGAAAACUCCACGUCCCAGAGCAAGCAGUUCAAGUAGCCCCAAGUAUACAGUAACUGUAUUUUUUGGCUUAAAAACUCACAGCCACACAAAGCAUUAAACCUUUGGUUUAAAUCACUUAGCUGCAUACCUUUUAAAAAGUGUUUUAAAGCAGGAAAUGUAGAAUCGUCACUGUAGUGUUUUUCUCUUCUAUUUGUAGAGUUUGUGGUGAACUAAGUUCUUCCCUAGUUCUAAAACUAUGCUGGAUCAUGUUUCUUUUGGCAAAAGGUAAGUAGUAGUAUCCUUCAGUGUUUAAAAGAAAAAAGAACCCCCCAAAAUUGGUUUGACUAUUUUGACUAUUAAGCUUUGCAUUAAUAUUUUAAGCCACCUGGAGAAUGCUGUUAUUGGGACCAUAUAAAUGCUGUAGGUAGAUCAGUCAAUCAGUAAAAUAAUUUGAAAUCUGAGAAAAGUAAGCAUAGGGCUGGUUCCUACCGUGUGUGUGUGUGUGUGUGUGAGAGAGAGAGAGAGAGUGUGUUGGGCGAUAUUUAGCUGGUAGAGUGAUGACAAAGCUUAUCUCAGGAAUACAACUGAAAGAAAAAUAGCAGAGGAAGAUACUUAUCAACUAUCAGCUGAAAAUUUUUUCUAGGCAUGUUUGGCUUAGUUAGAGAAUCUUCCUGUCAUUUUUACCAUAUAGUUGCCAAGCUAAGCAGUCAUAUUACCAAGCUGAAUUCAGUGCUGCAUUUGUGCUGAAAUAAACCACCUGAUCAUGUAUAGUGGAGCCCUUUGUGUAAUACCUUGGUGUACUACUGCUGUUUAGCGUGGGCAUAUCCUAAAGCAUAGGGGCCAUUUUGGAUAAACCGUGAUGAGCUGCCAGUGACCUGAUGUCAGGCGCAAGAGAGUUAAGGGGAUCUCUUGUUUCAAAUCUACAUAAGCACCAUAGCACUAAGGUUGGAGGGAAGCCUUCAAUGAGGAAAAGGUAGCAAUGAGACCUCUUAUCUCUUCUAAGCACCACGGUGGUCAGAUCAGAGAGAAGCUGUCAGCUUAAGGGAGAGGUUUGUGGAAAUGCUGCUUUUUGCUGUCGUUAUUAUCCCUGUGGUGCUCAGUCCUCUGGAAAAAGCAAGCAGAAGAAUCUCCACCCCAGAAUUUAAGGGGAAUGGGCUGGAAAUGCUAAGAGUGUGUGUGUGUGUGUGUGUGUGUGUGUGUGGCUGGCUGGCUGGCUGGCUGCUUGCAGGUCUGGUGUGUGAGAGAGGGAGAUGGAGAGGGAAAGAAAUGUGUGCCUAGUGUGCAUGUGUGGGACAAUGGAAGAGGGAAAAGGCACAUGCAUUUUUCUUGUUUUUGCCUCCUUGCCUUUACCUUGCCAAGUUUUGCCCUGCCCACCAUGGGAACAUGCCCCUCAGAAUGUUGGACAAGCUGUGAUCUGGCCCUCAGGCUGAAAUAGGUGCUCAGUUCCUGUCUUAAAACUUUAUUUGAGUGAGGUCUUGAAUACUAGGCACUGAAAAUUGUUCAUGAUUAUAAAGUGUUUGGCAACCUAGAGAAUUUGCUGAAGAGCCAUAAGAUACAAAGUGUUGCAUCCAGAUUGUCUCUUCUGCAACAGGAAGAGCUCCUUUCAUUCCCAGAAGGAGAAGAGCUCCAACAGAGGCCUCUGCUGGAGGGAGGGGAGCCAAUGUCUGCUGAUUCCCCCAGUCACCCAUCCACCUUCCCCCUGUUCUGGAAUGUCCCCAAACUCUCCCUUGUAGCUUUUCAGGAAGCAAAAAGGGCUGCAAGGGAAUGGGGAUUGUGCAACAAUGGCCACCCUCCCUUCAUCCAGCAGGCGUGUCCCUUGAGCUCUAAAUCCGCGCCUAGAUCCAUUAGCAGAAGCCAGCCCAAGGGCUCCUGCUAACCCAGUGGGGUUUUGCCUCAUGCCCAGAUUGGGAGAACCCUCCAGAAGAGCAGGAAAGGGGAGAUCCUUAGGCUGAGCAGGCAGAACUGCUUGCACUGACAGAACACUCUCCUUAGCCCUGUCUUGAAUUCCACCCUAUGUAGUUCCAGCCUAGUUUCCCCAAAUGUGAAACAUGAUACAUUUUUCACUUAUGGCUUAAAGAGGUGUUGAUUGAAAAUGUUCUCUCAUUUUUCUAAUGUUUUCAGGAAAAAUACUACAGAUGGAAGAAGAUUUGGUUAUUUCCUUCCAGUUGCUGCUUUGUGUCCUUGAUUAUUUUAUCAAACUGGUGCCCCCAGCAGUACUCAACGAACCAUACAGUAAGGAUUUAAGCUUUUCAUUGCACACAAACAGUAAACAUGUUUGUAGUCCACAUAAGAGAUUGUGUGUUCUGUCCUGAAAAGAUAAAGAGAAUUUUAUAAGUUGUUUAAACUGACCCCACUUUCAUUUACUGUGUUGCUUAUAUUUGUGCCCCUUAGUGCAUUUUGUACCAGAGCGACUGUUCAGCCCUGCAGAUAUAUGUUGCUACAAAGGAGCAGUGAAAAUGUAAAAGCUUACACUUAAUAAUAUUUGGGAAUCAUGCUUGAGUAUUGAAAACUAACUGCAAUAUUUGCAUUUUAUAAUACAGUACUGUACUUGCAUAACUUUUGUAUUGUUAGAAUCAUUUCCCCAUAUUCUCUACAUCUCUGAAAGAGUUGCUGUGGUCACGGACAGGACUUUCAAAAAGAAAUGCAUAAAGCACAUUCCAAUUGUACAUUCCAAACCCAAAGUGGGUUUGUACUGAAAAUGACACAAAGAAAAUUGAAACGUCUGUUUUAAUCUGAGUUUUGUUCUUGUAUUUUUGCAUGAUGCUUAAAAAUAUUAAAAUAUUGUUUACAAAUCCUUUUUUAAGGCAAAUAAUAAAUAUUUACCUAUGAAAGUUUUAUUUGUACUUUACUAACGGCCUGGUAGAUGCUUGAAUAUAUGUUAGACUUUGGUUUAAAGCAUCCCUGAAACCUUUCAGAGAGCUAUGUCAUGUUUAAAAAGGUUUUUUAAAUAAAAUUGUUUUGUGAAUCUGUCCUAGAGCUCUGUAUAAACUGAUAUUCUGGCAUCAAAAAUAUAUGGUGAUACAUAUACUAUGAAUGCACAUGUCACGUGAAUGUGUGCUCUGAAUUUUGUACUGAUCCGAGUCAGACUCCGUAGGCCAGGUGAUGCCAACCUUUUUGGACCAGUGGGCACAUUGCAGGUUUUGAAAGAGUGCUGUUUUGCAGUAACAAAAUGGCUACCAUGGGGGAGUGGCAUAACAUUGCAGCUCACUUCAGAAAGUCAGCCAAAGUAAUUGCUGCCCAAUUACAACAGAAAGCCUUCCCCAGUACCAGGAAAAAUGUACACAGUAGCCGCAAUCACUUCUCUCCCUCGCACUCAUGCCACAUAUGCAGACCACCGACACACAGGCCCCCCCCCCUCUCUCUUGUGUUCACACCCCCUUCAGGUAUGCAGCCACACGUGCCACCCUUCCUCUCUCUCUCUCUCUGGCCAAAUGUAUCUCCUCUCUCUCUCUUUCUCUCUCUUUGACCACGCAGUCAUGCGCCCCCCCCAUCUCACACUGCACACAUCUCUCUCCCCUGCCUCUUCUCCCCUCACCCCAAAUCUUUCCAAAUGAGCCAGAAUGCGGGGUGGGGGGGGGACGACGACGACGACUUCCGGUUCUAGCAACCACUCCACACUUCUGCCAUUUCCUGUUAUUUAAUUUUUUGUGGGUUACCUGGACUGGGCGCCUUUGAGCACAGGUGCCUGGGGAUGCCAGGGAAGGGCUUUGUGAGAGCCAUGGAACCCAAGGGCAACAAAGUGGUGAUCCUCACAGUAGGCAAAAGGCCCCAGUCUAUUGCAUAAGGCUAUUGCUUCAUCCUGUUCUUCAUUACUGUUGAAAGAAAAUCCUGAAAGAGUGCCAGUUGCAGAAUCAUUUUAGAUUUCAAGAUGAGGCAAAAUUGUUUUGGUUGGUGGCUGAAAAACCAGGCACAUUUGAUUCAGAAAUACUAAGUUCUAUUUAUUCCUAAGUGUGAGACUAAAAUAGUGUUCCUGUUUGUAGAAUGACAUAGAAAGAAACACAAUGAUGAGUUCUAGAACUAUCUAAAAUGCAACACAGAUAUUUCUAAUACUGUUUUUCUGUUUUAAUAUUUAUUGCAAAACCCCUAAAAGGGACAAAAAAUAUAGAUAUCCAUAUAUUCCUUUCCUAUACAGAUAUAGCUUUUAAAAACUUAUUUUCAUAUGCUUAAAAUAAUUGCUUUUUUGCAUUUUGCUUUGACUUCCUGAUGUAUGAUGAACAAAUACUUGCCUUCUUCCCAUAGAAUCCCUGAGUGCUAUGUCUAUUAAUAGCUCAGCUCGAACUUACAGGCGAACUCAGAACAGGAGUAUACGUACUUCAAAAACAGACACAGAAAUAAAGGUUAUCGAAGAGCUUUGUAAAGAACAUGAUUGUAAUUUGGAUGAGGUAAAACCAGAUUAGUGUUACUGUUGUUGUUGCUGUUGUUUUAUAAAAAAAACAGUUUUCUGCAAUGUCCUCCCCUGCCCCCCCAGGUGACCCACUCCCUUCCUCAGUUGCCUACAAUCCCCCACUUCUCCUACUAGUUUCUCAGCCUGUUAUGGCUUGUGUCCCUCUCCCUGUGAUCUAAUGCCUUCUGAGCCCUUUUAUGUUUGUCCUGGUAAAACGGAUUUCUCCCACCGCUUAGAGAAGCUGCCCUGCCCUGUUGCCGGCACGCCACGGACUUCUCUUCUCCCUCACAUCUUGACCUCAGCAGUUAAAUAUAUGUGAAUGUUCCAUAACGCCAUAGCCCCCCAGUCAGUGUAUAAGUAGGGGUUGAAGUCCAAGAGCAACAAUCUGUUAUUUAUCUACAGUGGUGCCUUGCAAGACGAAAUUAAUUCGUUCUGUGAGUUUUUUCGUCUUGCGAAUUUUUCGUCUUGCGAAGCACGGUUUCCCAUAGGAAUGCAUUGAAAAUCAAUUAAAAAGGAAACAAACUUGCAAGACGUUUUCGUUUUUCGUCUUGCGAAGCAAGCCCAUAGGGAAAUUCGUCUUGCGAAGCAACUCAAAAAAUGAAAAACUCUUUCGUCUUGCGAGUUUUUCAUCUUGCGAGGCAUUCGUCUUGCGAGGUACCACUGUAUUACAGUUUCAUCUGAUGUAUCUACUCCUAACAUUAAUGACAAAAUAGCCUUCGGCACUGAAGGAUUCCUUUCUUUCCUCUUUGGAGAUUGAAACCUUUGCCUUGUUUUCAGUAUAGUGGGGUCAGGAAGAGUGCCGUUGAACAAUGUCUUGAAUUUAGCUCUCAAAAGUUAAAGCAAUUGAAGAUACUUCAUAAAGUAAUUUUAAAAUCUAACGUCUGUGUGUGGGCAACUGCUCAGACCUGGAAAUACUAGCAAAUAUCGGUACACCAUAGUUUUUCAAUAAGCUUGUUUUGCUAUAUUAUGCAUGAAACUAAGAGACCACCUAAUAGUGACACUUUAUAUUUUUUUUACCUUUUCAAGGUGAAAAAUGUUUACUUUACUAGUUUUAUUCCAUUCCUGAACUCUUUGGGUAUUACACCUUCCAGUGGACUUCCAGAGGUAACAUUAGUGUAAUUUAAGAAUCUUUAAGGGUUGUCACAGUGAAUCCUAGUUAUGUUUUAGUUAGUUUUAUUCUGUCUAAUUCUUAUAAAUAGUUUAAACAGGAGUAGCUACUUCACAGCUUUUUGAUACGAUAGGUCCUUGGAACUGUCAGAUUAAAGAGAUUAAGAAGAACUUUAAACUGACAAUCAAAGGGUUGUCAUAUAGAUGAUGGGGCAAAUUUAUUUCCUGUUGUGCCAGAGGAUAGGGCUCAAACCAGUGAGUUCAGUUACAGAAAAAAGGACUUAAACUAAACAUCAGGAAGAACCUCCCAAUUGUAUACACCAGCAGAAUACCUUGCAAAGAGCUAGACUGUUGAAAGUAUUGAAGUACAGUGGUACUUUGGUUCUCAAAUGCCUUGGAACCCAAACACUGCAAACCCGGAAGUAAGUGUUCCAGUUUGCGAACCUUUUUCGGAAGCCAAACGUGCUCCAUUUUGAGUGUUACGUUUCCGUUUUGAGCGUUACACUGAGGUCUGUCUGCUUUUGCUAUUUAUUUUGCAUUUUUUGGUAGCUCUUCUUGUUUUGUUUUUGUGGCUGUAGAACACAGUUCACCUACUGAUUAAUUGAUUGUGUGACUGCAGUACAUUGUUUAUUGCUUUCAUUUUAUGGAUCAAUGGUCUAGUUAGAUAGUAAAAUUCAUGUUAAAUUGCUGUUUUAGUGGUUGUUUUUAAAAGUCUGAAACGGAUUAAUCCAUUUUGCAUUACUUUCUAUGGCAAAGCGUGCCUUGAUUUUGGAAUGGACUUCCGGAACGAAUUGAGUUUGAGAACCAAAGUACCACGGUAUAGGCUCUUGGAUGCUGUAACAGUAGAUUUUGUUAAUCAGUAGUGGGUUGGUGGAAUAGAUUAUUUUGGAAGUCUCUUCCAACUGCACAGUCCUCUAAUUACUUUCAGGAAUGAAUUGAAUUGCAAAUAAAUAGCUUUCAUAUGAAUAGUUAGACAAUUGUGAGCCUAGGUCUCAGUCUUAGUUUUUUCCUUUUGUCCCCUUUUUGUUGAAACCCAAGGUUGAGAAUAUGUCGAGCAAAUAUGAAGAAAUGUAUCUGAAAAACAAGGAUAUUGAUGCCAGAUUAUUUUUAGAGAAAGAUGAAACUUUGCAAUAUGAUCGCACUGAAUGGUAAUUUUUUUUAAUUGCUUUUUUUUGCAUUGUAGUAAAUUCUACUAAUUCUUGAAGCAAAAUGGAAACCUGGGAGGAAUGUUUCUUAACUAAUCUUAUCUUGCAGGAUUUUUCCAAUGAUAAAUGAGUUAAGAGCUGUAAAAUUCUAUGAGAAGUGCUAUGUGAGAAUAAAUAAUAAGGCUUUAAAACCGCUGCUUUAGAAUAUGGCUUCUAUGAAUAAUAAUAUCUGUAUGAGUUCUUUCUAAUCAUCCUCCUUCUCCCAAAAUGUCCUGUCAUUUUCCCACUUGCUUUAAUUAAUACAUUUAGAGCUGAGAUUCUCAAAUAUUGAUAAUGAGCUUCUCUUCACUGGGCUGUCAUCAUGGACCUCAGCUGGAGGCCAGUUGCAGCUGGAGUCUGUCAUGGCCGCAAGUGAGCGCUCCAUCCCUGUGUGCCCAAGGAAACUGGCCUUUUCCCAGCACUGACCAGCAGGGAAAAACCUUCCCCUCCCCUGCAGACGGAUUGCUUGAAGUCCCACCUGGUUUGACUUUCGGGGGAGUUAAAGCUUUCAAAAGAUUUCAUGUCGGUGACACACUUUUUAGAUAUGCAUCAUUUCGCAACACAGUAAUUGAGUUUUACUAGGAAACUGGAGAUUAAACUAAGCCAUUUCCAGCCCCAGGAGGAAAGUGGGAGCAUUCGCGUGACACACGUACACAGCCAACACACUAACGUGUCACGACACACAGUUUGUAGCUCUGCUACAAGUGGAAAGGCCACUUUUUAAGAAAUCUUCCCUGGGUCCCGAAGACUUAAAUAACUAUCACCAAGUUGCAAAUGUCCCCUUCCUAGGCAAGGUUUUUGAGCAGGCAGUUGCUAAUCAGCUCCAGGCUCUCUUGGAAGAGACUGGUUUUCUAGAUCCAUGUCAGUUGAGGUUUAGGCCUUGUUUUGGCAUGGAAACUGCCUCUCCCGUCUCUUGGGGAGUGCAACCCGUCCAUCCAUCCAUCCAUCCAGCCAUCUCUUCAUCCAGGGCAGUCUACAAUAUAAAAAGACAAAAAUACACACCUUAAUAACAGACAACAACACAUACCCCCCCCCCACCUACACUCACAGUUUAAAAGGGCAUAGAUUAGAUAAAUUAGAUGAAGGCCUGGGAGAAGAGGAACAUUUUUGCCUGGCGCCUAAAGGUGUCUAAUGAAGGUGUCACACAAACCUCCCUGGGGAGAGCCUUCCACAAACAGGGAGCCACCUCUUCACUGGAGCAGAAGUGAGCAAACCACAAGCUCUUGUAUGAUUCAGUGAAACCAUGGCUUCAUAUCCUGGCUUGUUUGGAUAUUUCCUGGUUUGAACAAAAUGGGAGAGCAUAGUUCAUGAGAAGACUUCCUGGUUUGUUUGUCCAUGGGCAUAAAGGGUAAAGCAAGGAGGUUUUGUGCAAGAUCAAAGUGCUCAUUCAUACCUGCCUACCAAGCCAAGAGUUUGUUGUCCAAAUGCAGGCAUCUUGGCUGGAAUACAUCAGGCUUUUAUGCAGACAAGUUAACAAUUUUCUCAUGUUAAGUUUACAGUUGGAGAGAACACCAACCAAGAAUAACCCAGGUUAUGAUCCUCCUGUUGUACUUCCACAGACCCCGGUUCGGUAAGAAUAAUUGUCCUAAUUCUGAAUUUAGUUGAAAAGGUUUAGAAAAUUAUUUCUACGGGUAUAGGAAAUACAGUGAGUUUAUCUGAAAUUCUGUUUGUCCUGCAAGUGCUUCAAUUCUGAUUUAAUGCUUCUGCAUAAAAAAGCAUUUGCAGAGUCCCUACAGACAGGCUGAAUGGUAUCACUGGUCUUUUCAGCAAAACCAGCCUUCAAGUUCAGCUCACAAAAGUAGACAGUAGUCAAUGUCUUCUGGCUGACAACUUCUCUCCACAGUUAGAAUGCGUGUCAACAUUGCAUGGUUUCAAUCAGUUCAGCCACUGCUCCCCAGAAGCUUAAUCAGAACUUCCACAGCUGCCGCAAAAUUAAGUUCAUAGACUGUAUGAAAUGUUGGAUACUAGUGAUAUGAAUGCAAGGAAGUACCAGUCCUGUUUUUAAUAAUGUUCCAAAGAAGGUUAUUUCUGAUAGUUGUGUUCAGCUGAUCAAAUCUUGGCUUACUAACCUCUGGGUCAGUAAAUUCUGACUAAAUUGGGGAGUCACAAUACUUCUAGAGCUAAUGUCUGUAUUUAGGUUGAGGAAAACAGAGCUGUGGAACACCUUGCUACCAGGAAAACACCAAACUCUGCCUCCAUCUGCUGCCCUUUGGUGACUUCUGCCUCUGCAGCACCAUUUUGUGAUUGAUGAGUUUCAGUGAGUUAGUGUGUCCUGGAGGUAGAAUUUUUGAGAAGCCCUCUUUUAAUCUUUCUUCAUUCAGGAGUUGCCCCAGCCCCCUGAUCAUUUGGGUGGCUCUACUCUGAAACUUGCCCAGAUCUACAGUAUCCACAAUGAGCUGAGGCAUUUUCAUAUUAGCAGAUCUAUUUAGAUCCCUUUUCUAGUAGGAUGGAUUUUGGUGUGGACAAAGCACAAUGCAUUACUUAAUGCUGCCCUUUGCAUUUUAUUUAUAUUAUUGUGAUUUUAUUGUUAUAUUGCUUUACUUAUCACAUUAAUCUCCUGGUUAUAAUAGGCAUUAUAUACUGUAACUAAUGUAAUUAAUAAAUAAUGCCCUUGCACACAAGCUAGGAAGCUAUGGUUAAUGACUUCCAAACAAGCCUGAAUAUAAAGGGAUAGUUUGACAUUGGCUGCAUAUCUUGGUUUGUUUAGAAGCCAUUAACCAUAGUUUCCAGUGUUGAUGUAACAGGAAACUACUGUCACAGCGCUGUCAGACAAGAAUGUUCACAGUGAGGAGUUAACUCUUCAUUGUCAAAAGUACACUUGCAAGUUAGGGGAAGGCAGGUCUAUCAGUCCAUGUCUCAGCUGCUACAAGGUGUGCACCUGAUGAGGCAGUUGCCGCAACAGAGAGUCCUGGCCCCCGACCUCAGCUUAUGUAUCUCCCUGGUCUGAGCUGUGUGCAAGCAGGUGCAGACUCUGCCUUUGUGUAACCUGCUUCUGCUCCUCCCUUUGCAGUCCUCUUCUGGACCUGGGAAGCAGAGGAGCUGGGGGCAGGAGGAAGUGAUGUGGAAACCCUGGGCUCUCCACCAGCCUCUUCCUUCUCUCCCUACAUGCUCCCUCAGGUCACUGAUCCUUUCUUCCAAGUCAGCCCCAACCCCCCUUCUCCCAGUGCCCACUCUUCAGGGUCCAGCCAGUCCCAACAACUACGAUUUCUCCUGCUUUCCAGGUCCCUUCCUUGCUGAAGGAAGGAAGGAAGGAACUAAGCAUGCAGGUGUAGGAAGCCUGUUCAUAUUGCUGUUCGUUAUGUAGAUAUUUGAUGUCCAAAUGUGGCUGAUGUAUCAUUUUAUGUGGUGAUUUUUUUCUGCUCAAAGGCAGUUUCUUCAUUUCAGAAAAUAGUAAUAAAAAUACUUUCACCCUCUGUAGUGCUGCGAUGAAUACUAUCCAACAGUUAAUGAUGAUUUUAAACUCUGCAAGUGAUAAACCAUCAGAUAACCUUAUCUCAUAUUUUAAUGUAAGUAACAUCAUUUUAACCAAAGGGACUGGUUUGAAUGCAGUAUAAAAAAAUCAGAAUUUAAUGUUAUUUUAUGCUUCACAAAUGUUUAAUGUUCUAACAUGCCCUUUUCAUGCUAUUUUCCCACCCCACCCCGGCUUCAGGUAGUAUAGCCCUAUUUAUCUCCCAGUCUCCAGAGGCGGAGCUAGCUGUGCACCCGGGGGCAGGGCGAACUGCCUGUGGGGGCGCGUGGCGCAGUGAUUUCUCUCCCCCCUCAGGGAUGACACCCAGGGCAGGCUGCACUCACCGCACCCCCCUUCCUCCGCCAGUGCCAGUCUCUAUACCUUUUUCUAACUCAGAAUAUUCUAAAGUAGUAGAAGGAAUAGAUGAUAACUUUUAAGCAUCAUAUUAAAGCUCUACUAAGUAUCCUAGUACGUUUGUUUUGCCAGCAAUGUAACUUUGAAUUCCUUGGCAGGACAUACAGAUUUGGGUAAGAGUGGAAUGGGGAUGGAGCAGGGGUAGUGGUUGUUCCCAGAGUUGAGAGAAUGAUCCCAUCACAAACACGCUUACUAAGUAGACUUUAAUGUUUUUUGAAAAAUGGAGAGGCAUUUGUGAACCUAGAUAUUGUAGUGAGAAAACCCUUUUUUGCAGUGUUUUAUUUAGAACCUCCUUGUUAGGUGGUAGUCUCCUGAAUUGUGGUGAAGUAAUUGGAUGUACGUAUUUAGACUUUUGAGGAUUUCAUAGAAAUCUUUUUUGCUGCCAGGAAAGAUCUUAGCCCAUUUUCCGCUCUCAGACUUCCUUGAUAGUUGGCUUUCUUUCUUUCUUUCUUUCUUUCUUUCUCUUUCUCUCUCUCUCUCUCUCUCUCUCUCUCUCUCUCUCUCUCUCUCUCUCUCUUUUUCCCUGACCUCCCAGUUUUCUCACUGAAAAUCAGUUCUUCAUGACUUAGUAAUUCCAUUAAAGCACUAGCAGAGGAUAGUUCUUGUUUAUCCAAUAUAUCUAAGGGGAAGCUUUCUCCAUCUCAUUACAGAACUGCACUGCAAAUCCUAUGCAAAGCAUAUUGGAAAGAACAGAAAACCUGAGCCAUGUCUUCAGAGAGAAAUUUGCUGAAGCAGUUGGGCAAGGAUGUGCUGAAAUUGGAUCACAGGUGGGGUUCUCCGUUGUUGUUCAGGCAUCAUUCAAACUGCCCUUUUGCAGUACUCAAGGAGUCUGCUGCUGGUGCUCACAGUCCAAAUGUAGAGGGCCUUUGCUUACGCUCUUUACACAUAGCUGAGAUAGACCAGUGCCUGGCCUAUGCAGGCUGUGCUGAUUUAAUUUCUCCAGGACCCCUGCCACUCUCUGGAUUGUACAUUUGGUAUCCAGCAGGAAGCUUCUAUCUGAAUAUCCCAGGGCUGGGGUGGGGAGUGUACACUCUAGUCUGGACAGUACAGUUUACUGCAAUUAUGAAGCUAAAGUUGUUUUCCAGAGGCAAACUCACGACUUUUCAUUUCAGAUUCGUUCUUGAUGUAUCGUUUGCUUCUAAUUCUGUGACUAGGAAUGCUUGAUUGAAUGGAUAUUAUGCAAAAAUAUUACAUUAGACUUAGUGAGCCAUACAAGCCCAUGCAGAGCUUGCUUGAGUCUUGUACAAUAAAGUUAUGAACUCGGACAAAAAAGCAGCUGUUCCCUGGAGGGCCCCCGCUUACCUCUGCAAGGUCUGGGGCAAGUGGAGUACCAGGUUGCCCCCCCACCCCCUGUACAGGCCUGGAGCCAUAAGGUUGGGUUGAGUUGCAGGGCCAUAAUGUCUUGCCAGUAGGCAUCUAGCACCCUUUCUCCUGAGAGUUUGCUUUGAUUUCCAAAUAGCAUGUUCCAAAAAAAAAAAAAGCAACAAAAACAUUUGUUGGGGAUGGAUUUCUACAAAUAUCCUAGUCUUGGAUAUGCCCUUUUCUUCUUUUCUGGGGUGUGCGUGUGUCUGAUGUAGUAGAGCAGUUCUCGCUAAAUGGCCACAUCAAACCCAUUAAUCACAAAGAAACUGAAGUGUAUUACAGAAGGUCAUUCUCUUAAAGCAAAGUAUUGUUACAACUUAUUACAUCAGCUUUUAAAUUGUUUUCCCCCUAGAGGUAUAGGCUUGGUGUACGGUUAUACUACAGGGUGAUGGAAGCCAUCUUAAAGUCGGUAGGUGUUCAACAUACAGAAUUUUUAAUAUUUAUAUUCCCUUUUUAAUGGGCUAAAGCAUAUCUUCAUUUAUUCAUUUAUCUUAGGAAGAAAAACGCCUAUCAAUUCAUAAUUUUAGGUAUGUUUGGCAAACCUACUUCAAUGUUAUAUUUUAAAUACAUUAAAAAAUGUUAAUGUUGAAAGACUGUCUUUUUUCUUUUUUUUAUAGCAAACUUUUGAAUAACAACAUCUUUCAUACAUCUCUGUUGGCCUGUGCUCUUGAAGUUGUCAUAGCUACUUAUGGCAGUAAGUUGUAUAUCUAUGCCAUAUUACAGAAGGGGCUGUUUCAUCCAUAGUGAUCAGUCAUGAUGCUUUCCCCCUCCUUUUCCUUUUCCCACACAGCCACGACUUCCCUAGACUUCCCUAGUAUUUACUUUAUUUCACCUAAUGCUGGUAAGAGUCCAUUGUGGUGUUUUGUGUGUGAGUUUUAUCCUUGCGACAAUGCUUUUAAUAUCAGAAUAUUAAAACUGAGUUAUUUACAUUUGAAAUACUGAUUACUACAUUAUUUGCAAAAGGAACACCAGACAGAUUAAUACCAGAAGGCUUGGGGGGGCCGUUAAUGUAUCCAAUUUCCUAAACUGUUAUAAAAUUGCCACCUUUUGUAUAGCAUUCCUUCCCCAGUCUCAAGUUAACAGAUUUCCAGUUUCCUUCAGAAACACUGAACCAUUAGGGCGUGUUGAAUUUUUCAGAUUCCUUAGAAUGAGAGGUCCUGAAACACGGCUUGGGAAUUCCAAAGAUAUUUCAGUUAAAUUAAUAUAAUUUAGUUUUGCUUGGUAAGUAAAAUAUGUGUACAAUUGCGGGUGGUGCUGUGGGUUAAACCACAGAGCCUAGGACUUGCCGAUCAGAAGGUCAGCGGUUCAAAUCCCCACAAUGGGGUGAGCUCCUGUUGCUCGGUCCCUGUUCCUGCCAACCUAGCAGUUCGAAAGCACCUCAAAUUCAAGUAGAUAAAUAGGUACCGCUCCGGCGGGAAGGUAAACAGCGUUUCCGUGCACUGCAUGGUUCACCAGAAGCGGCUUAGUCAUGCUGGCCACGUGACCCGGAAGCUGUACGCCGGCUCUCUUGGCCAAUAAAGCGAGAUGAGCGCCGCAACCCCAGAGUCUGCCACAACUGGACCUAAGGUCAGGGGUCCCUUUACCUUUUACAUAAAAAAUGAUUGCCAAGUACUUGCAAUAAUAUUCUAUAUUAUUUUUUAUUAAUAAUAAUAUUUAAUAUCAUUUGGCAUUGUGCUAUAUUUUCAGAAGGUAAAAUUAAAAUUCUUAGAUUUUCUGAAAACAGUAAAUGUACCAAUUACCAAGCUAAAUGUGGUCUAGUUACCAAAAAAUAGCAGGUUUGAAUUCCUCACAUCCCAAAAUUAUUUUUAAGACCAGACCACUCACUGAAUUUCCCCCCAGAUAAGUAAGUUUAACCUCCUAAAAUGACAUGCUCUAGAACCAUAGUUUGUGUGCGAAUUUGUUGUCUGAUCUCAGAUCUUAAAUGCUGGAGCAAAACUUGUUUUCAACAGGACUUCCUUGGAUCUGGAACUUUGAGAAUAGGGACAUGAUAAAGGGCACAUCUCAGUGUGUAGGAACAAUUUAUUGAGGACUUGCGUUAUUCAACAAAAGAAUAAUCAGUUGUGUUCUCUUUAGCCUCAAGGAAUGCUUCACAAAGUGAAAGUAUGAAUAUGGAAACAGAUUUAUCUUUCCCAUGGAUUAUCAACAUAUUUGACUUAAAAGCCUUUGACUUAUACAAGGUUAUUGAAAGCUUCAUUAAAGCAGAACCAAACUUGACAAGAGAGAUGAUAAAACACCUGGAAUGCUGUGAACACCGUAUAAUGGAAUCCCUGGCAUGGCAAUCAGUAAGUUGUCUUCUCCAUUCAUAUACUAGCAAGGUCUAAACCUGCUUAGCUUGUGACUUCAGGCAACAUCAGGUGUGUUCAGGGGUCUAUGGCCUUAGGCACUGGUAAGUUGCUUUCUAAACAUAAAAAUGUAGUGUAUGACAGGAGUAUAGAUACAUAAAAUAGAUGUUAUUUAAGAAAUACCACCAUUUUAUCUCUGUCCUAUAUUUGCACUUGUCUGUCAUCUCACUGGCAAUGUAGUGUGCAUGCCCUCCCAAGAACCCUUUGGCCACCCUGGUGCCCAAGGCUCAUUGGCUUACAAUUGGGUGAGGGGAGCAGCCGCUGGCAGUAGUGGUGGUUAGAACUGCAAAGGGUGGGGUGGGGACAUUGUGUGCCUGGCUUCUGACAUCAAGCGCUAAUUCUUGCCAGAUGGGUAGUGGGGAGGUACAGGGAUCUCAGUUUCAUGCAGGCACGGCAGCAGAACCAAUCUGGUUGUCCUGCUGCCGCCCCCACACCACGUGGAUCUCCCUGUGCCAUGCCCACUCCCUCUUGGUACGCAGCAGCCCCAUCUUCACCAACCUCCUGGUUGCUUCUGCUAAGUGACCUCUUCUCUGAGGGGUGGGGUGAGGGGGAAGAGGAGACUGCUCUGGGCAGCCACUCCUGGCCAUCAGUUGGGCUGGGCAAUACCCCAGCUUUUCAACAUUAUAGUAUAUCGCCAGCCAAACAUUGCAGUUUGGCGAUAUUCCACGAUGUUGAAAAAACAAGCUCCAUUGGCCUCUUCCCAUGAGGCACCUGGUGCAACCGCCCCAGCUCUCACCUUGGCGCUCACCCAGGCGCUCACAGGCUGGAAAAUUGCAGCUUGUUUGCACAGCUCAGCUGGGAAUCGAGAAGGUUCCCCCUCCCCAGCUGAGUCAGCCCUGGUGCUCCCCCCGCUCCCCUAAGCUGCACAGUUUCACGGAGCCCCCACCCUGUCGCUGGGUCAUGGAAGCUCAUUUAAGUGCUUGGCUGUUUGUUGCUGUUUGUUGCUGCUCUGCUUACAGCACCACCCGGCUCCAGUUCAUUCUCCACAAAACUUUGAUAUAGAUAUGAACUGUGGAAAGGCUUUCUGCCUCAACUUCAGUGUUACUUUGUGCUCACACACCAUUCUAAGCAUUCCUGUUGAUGGAAUAUUUAUUUGACUUCUAUUAGUUUGUUAAACCACAGAGCCUAGGACUUGCUGAUCAGAAGUCGGUGGUUUGAAUCCCCGCAACAGGGUGAGCUCCCGUUGCUCAGUCCCAGCUCCUGCCAACCUAGCAGUUCGAAAGCACAUCAAAGUGCAAGUAGAUAAAUAGGUACCGCUCCAGCGGGAAGGUAAACGGCGUUUCCGUGCGCUGCUCUGGUUUUGCCAGAAGCGGCUUAGUCAUGCUGGCCACAUGACCUGGAAGCUGUACACCAGCUCCUUCGGCCAGUAAAGCGAGAUGAGCACUGCAACCCCAGAGUCGGCCACGCCUGGACCUAAUGGUCAGGGGUCCCUUUACUGGCGUGCUCUGGUCUAUGGGGUCACGAAGAGUCGGACACGACUAAACGACUAAACAACAACAUUAGUUUGUGACUUCUUGCACAUAUUAUAUGGUUUUCAUUUAUGAAUUAAGAAACAAUUUAUCAUUUCAUCAAUAUUGCCAAUACAUUAUUAGCCCACGUGUUGCCUUUUGUUGAUCAGAUCAUCCGGCUGAGGUAGGGGCAGCUGCACACUCCUCAGUCAAGCGGGUUAAAGAUCCCUGCAUCAUAGGAGGGCAGAGGGCGAUGGCGGUUUCACUCCCUGUUAUAUCGCUGGUGAAACUGCUACCGCUCCCAAGUCCCUCUGCUAGCAGCGCCACUGGAGGAAGGAACUCUAGCAGAAGGACCCAGCAACAGCAGCAGUUUCACCAUCAGUAUACUGCUGAGUGAAGCCAACACCAUGGUCUGCUCCUCCUCCUGGUGCUGGGCAAUAGAUUGAUAUGUUGCCCAGGCCUAGCCAUCAGUCGCACCUUCCCUAGAGCUGCAAAAGUGGCAGGACUCCUUUCCCCUCUCUAUGCUGCUUCCAGAUGGGCCUUCUCUUCAGGAUAUAUGAAUUUUUGUUGUUGAGAUGGGCUGCUUCACAGUUGGUUAUUUCGCAGUAGGGUGGGGAGCAAAAGGAAAUUCUAUCAAAAUCAUUACAGAUGGAAGAAAUUAGGACUGUUAUUCUUAAAAUUAAUUCCUGUAAAGCACUGGAGCCAGAUGGUUUUCCUGUGGGUGGUACAGUGCAUAUCUAGAUUUCUUGCCCGCUAAGCUUCUUUCUGUUUAUCAAAAUGCCUUUGAGGCAGGUACCCUGUCAACUUCAGCCUCAGUGUAUGAAGCACAUAUUUCUCUGAAACCUGGCAGAGUGCAUACUAAUGGUGAAAAUAUAGACCAAUCUCUUUAAUUAAUGUUGGUGUUAAAAUGCCGGCAGCAAUUCUGGCUAAUAUCUUGAUUAGUGAUUUCAACAGUGUGUUUCAUUCAGCAGAGAGCUGACCAUCUAAGAUGGGAAACCAAUUUAGUGGCUAUAUAUAGUCUUUGAAUGGGUCUGGCUGCACUUACUUCUUUGGGUGCUAUAAAAGCAUUUGACAAAGUAUAUUGGCAGUUUGUGUUUGUUACUUUGGAAAAGUUUGGAUUUCCUCAAGAACUUAUAAAAUGGAUUAGAAUUUUAUACCAACCUCCUAAAUCUUAAGUAAGGACAAAUGGAAUUGUUUUUGAUCCGUUUUUUUGGAGAAAGUUACAAGUCAGUGUUCUCCUCUGCCUCCAGUGAUAUUUCCAAUCCUACAAUUCUGUGUUUCUGUUAUGUAUCAGUCCACAUUUAUCCAAUGUUGUAGUACAUUGAGUUAUCAAAAGUUGCUUACAGGAUCACCUUCAUCCCCCCCAAAAUAAAAACAAAACCUGUUCUGUAGAAUAUUAUCUAUACAGCACUGUAUUGUUUAAGUUGGCUUCUCUUGACUGCAAAAUUAUUCUGCCCAGUAGAUGUCAGGCUUUUCCAUCUUACACUUUAUAGUUUCAGGCAUGAAAAACACACUCUUUCUCUCUUCCUUUGUAGACAUUACAGCUAACCUUGGUUGUAGCCUUCCUUCUUGACAUGGCAGAUGUGACACAGCUGUGAUACCUUACAUCUAGCUUUCACUUACUUUCUCCUUUACUGACUGCUUCUUCAGUCUUUUCUAUUAUUUUUUCUACAACAAACCUGUGAGGUUGUUAAGCUAAAAACAAGUUCUUUGCACAAGGCUUCCCUGGGAGCCUCAUGGCUGGGAAUGAAUUUGGCCUUACAUUGUUUUUCACUGCCCUCUUGGAUUGCAUACCACCACCCACCACCCCCAACUGUCCUUGGCUUGAGAGCCUUGGGAUAUGAAAAAGUAUUAGUUUCUUUCUUCCUUUUUUAAACUUGGGGUUGUGUAACUGGCUGUGCUGGUGAAGCACUCUGUCUCGCCCUUAAACAAAAGGGCAUGCCAUUAAGAAUGAAGCUUCUUGCAAAUGGACAUGUUUUGGGAAGUUCAUAGGAAGCUAUUAAAUUAGCCAUGGUUAAAAAAUCAUGGUGGUUUGGUAGAUGAGUAUGUUGCAACAAAAUUCUGAUAACUUCAGUCUUGGUAUCUUUUGAUAAAUAUUCUGGAUCAUAACAUAGCUUGCAAAUGGAAAAUAAAACUGAGGCCCUGAAAUAAAAGUCAGUAUUAAAAUGUGUGUGUGUUAGUGGUACAUGGUUCGGAAUGUGGAGGCCACUAGUAACGUACGUACAUUAUAAUCAAAUGUCAACAACGUUUUGCGCAGGAGGGAAAAGCUAGGCAGGAGAACAAAUACUGUUCUGUUGGGCACAGGGCUCCUAUGGGAAGCAUCAUUUGAUCAUUUCCCACAUCCACUCUUUCCUGAGAGAUGUGAGCAAACCUUGCAGCUUGAGUGAAUUAGAUUGGAAUAAUCACUUAAAAUUUCUGGAGUUCAGAGUCUUUUUUCACUCAGGAACUUUUUACAGUGGAGAGGAAUAGCAGUCAUUUUGUUUGAAGAGAACAACAAAAUGGCUCAGCAUUUAGGGAUGGAGUUAACUUACAAACAAACCAUGUCCUCAUGUGGUUUAAAACAACACAUGCAUUAGCUACUAACUCAAGAGAAGGAAAUGUAUUUGCUUUUCUCCAACAAGGGAAAGUCUAAAAGGAAGCAUGUGCUAAUAGCCACUGAUUUAGUGUACUCCGCACACUUCCAGAAGGCAUUUGCAGACUCUCUCUCUCUCUCUUCCCCAGUUGUCCCAUCUGAGGGUAAAGGCUGGAGGGGAAGAAGGUGUAACUUCUGGCUGCCUUUGCUAUUCUGGCCUCGCCUGUGUGAAGUACCAGAUGGUGGCUGGCAAAACCAGACUUCACUGAGCUAACUCUAAUCAUUGUAAUAGCAGGCUAUGUGUUUGUAGCAUACAUUCUGAAAUACUUAGAUUUCUCAGCUUCACUCUAAAAACGUUUACAAACAGAUAUUGUACCCAGUGCACUGUUUUCUGUUGAGGCCAAUUAACAGAGCUUUCUCAAUGGAAGUACACAGUGUAAACAGCAAACUAUUUGCAUUACACGGAUGAAUUCAUAGAAUGACUAUCACAGGGCUAAAUUAUCAACAUUUCCCCUCCUCUGCCUACAUAAUGCAAGGGAGGAUUUAUGGCAAAUUUACUUUCAGUUUCAGUGAACUGCUUGCUUGUGAACCAGAAAUUGUGUUUUAAAAUAAACGAUUACCUGCUAACAAACCAACUUUAUGCCAUGAAUUACACGAAGCUGCUUUCUUUGUUUACUAGCUUGCUGAUUUAUAUGAACCUAACAGUUUGCUCCAGCUUGCUGAGACUCAAGCUCCAUUUGUCCUCUGUUCAGCAUGUAAAAAUAAAUUCUGAACCAAAGCAGCAAGUUCCUUGACUAGCAGAAGCAUACAUUUCAAGCAACAUUAAUCUGUACACUCAAAGUGUAAUUAAAUGUUGUUUGCAAAGUAGUGAAGACUAACCUGGAUAAUUAAUUUAGCAUUAGGUCGCUUGUGAUCAGGCCAUUCCCCGUCACAAGGAUCAGUCCUUUUGUGUCUGGGGGUCUUGCAAUAGGUAGGUUUAUUGUAGGUAUUAAUCUUCACAAGAUUCUUUGAGCCUCUGGUGUACACAAAUUUGCUACAAGAACAUUGACAAUAAAUGGGAUUGAUAAUCUUGCCAAGUUAGGUUUUAAACUUGCAGUACAGCCAGUGUUAUGGUACGGUGACCUUUUCUGAUGUACAAAAUAGAAAAAAUAAUGCAAGGUGUGUGAGAAUCCCUUUUCAUGUUCGUUAUUACAAUAGGGAUAAUAUUUGAAGCUUUUUCUCAUUAGAACAUAAUUUAUAAAUUGUGAGAGGCUAGUUUUAAAUAAUUGCUUUAAUCAAUAUAAUCUUAAUUGUUCUAUGUACAAACAUACAAGCAACUCCUUAUACAAAGAAACAAAAUACCUACAGAUUUUUUUAAAGGUUCAUUCUGUCUCUCCCAUUCUCUCGUGUCCAUUUAUAUUGCAGAUUCACUGUCAAAUAUUCUUGUUUUUAUGGUCUGGAGGCCAUGUUGAACGAAUUUGUCAGAACCCUUAGUUUCAGGGAAUCUAUUAUCGUAUCUUCUAGUCGACCAGCUCUUCAUUUUUAUUGAAUUUUGAAUAGUCUCUGAAGUAAAAUAAUAAACUAUGGGGUCAAAGCAACAGUUUGAAACUGCAAUACAUAGAGUGAUUGGAUACAUAGUCCUGACAGCAGCAACUACUGAACAGUUAAUCCACGUUUGUGUUCUGAUCAGGGAAUAGAGUAUUAGGGUAAUGUUAUAUGGCACAAAACAGAAACAGAAAAUCAUCAAAUGAACAAAAAUCAUUUUAAGGACUUUUUUUUUGCUUAAUUUAUUCCGACUUAGUGUAACUGGCUUAUUUAAAGUUCUUAAAACCAUUGUGGAGCAAGUAACAUUCAAUAUCAGUGGAAUUAAAAACCCUACAAUUUCAAUGAAAAUUAUAAUCCUUGAAAGAUAGGUUUUCCAAAUUUUUUCAGAAAAGUUUUCAAAACAUGUCAUUUGGGGGAGUCCUUCCAUGCUGACAUGAACAUUGGUGGAUUGGAAAAAGCUUGCUGGGAUGCUUCCUCCUAUCACAAUUAUCCAGACCGCAGCGCAGAUGAUCUUGGCAUUUCUUCUUGUUCGAAUAGCCUUAGAUCGAAAGGGGUGUACGAUAGCUAAAAAACGGUCAAUACUUAUGCUAGUCAAAAAGAAAAUGCUUCCGUACAUGUUUAUGUAGAAGAGUGUGACCGAAAUCCUGCAAAGUAUGUCUCCAAAUGGCCAGUCUUUGGAUGCAAAGUAAUAAAUCCUGAAGGGUAAGGUGAAAACGAAAAGUAGGUCUGAUAUUGCUAAGUUAAGCAUAUAAGUGGUUGUUUCAUUUCGUACUUUCAAUAUGCAGGUGAAAAUGUAUAUAGCAACGCAAUUGGAUAUUAAACCAAGAACAAAUACCAUACUAAACAUGCAUCCGUACAAAGUAUACUUGAAGGAGUCUUCAGCAGAACAGUUGGAGCUUAGCAUUGUCAUGCAAUGAACUGCUAAAACUAGCUGCUGCUUCAGUCAAGCCGUACCUUGUGCUUUGUUGUAGUCUCCGUGAAAUCCUCAGGUGGUGCGUAAAACCAGUCCUUGAGUGAGUGAUUUCGUAUGGGUCCAGCUUGACUUUGAAACUUCACAGCUGAAUUUCAGUAUUCAACAGAGAAGAUACCAUUCUGCUGGUCACUGGCAAAUAAUUAUUUUCUUCCAAAUGCCGUAGUAGUUCUGGAUGACAGGGAGCAUCUCCUCAUCCACAAUGAAGCUGUAAUUAAGCUUAACUUCUUCACAUAUUUCUGUAGAGUUGAUCCUUCCUGUGGUGCUGUAGAAACUUCAGAUAAAUCUGUUUCAAAGUUACGUUCCAAGUUACGUGGGAACAGACUUCCUUGUGUUAGCACUAUGCUAGCAUUUUUCUUUUCUUCGUGCCGUUGAGUAAGUUCUGACCCCACAGGGUAGAAAGCAAGCCAGAGAAUAAAAUUCCUAAGCAAGUAUUUUCUUGCUGAUCUUAAGCUCUCCCCGCAGCUGCCAAUUAAAUGGUGUCUUUGCUUGUUCAGAGAAGGCAAACUAAAGAGCACGCAAGCCCAAGCCCCACCCAUGCUUACUCAGCUUGCUAAAUGACAUGGCAGGAAGAGGAGGCUGGGCUUCAGAAAGGAAGGGUUCAACUGCAAAUUCUUAAGCAAAAGUAUUUUUUUUAACCUUCCAUGCCAGAAAUGUAUUUGAACUGAGAGCCAUGCAAACAAUGACUACCUGGCUCAGAGUGGCAGAUCAAAACCUUAUUAAUAUUUUUAAAAGUUAGGUGUGCCUUAGGAAGUAUAAUUAAGUAAGCAGUUUUUAGUUACAUUUCAUUUUUAUUUCUAUGGCUGUCUACCAUUUUAAUUAAUCAUUCUGUUGAUUGAUCUGUUACUAGGUUUAAAUAUAAGUGAAUUUCCAUUUUAAAUGCUCAGUGUAGUUUUUGGGGGACAGUGCAAGAAAUGUAAGAACUUGCAAAGUUGCUUAGAAGUCAUCUUUAAUGUUUUCUUUUUCCGUUCUCUGUUAUAGUAACUCAAAAAUCAAAAUAGUCAUUUUCUCUCUCUAUUUUUAGAUUACACUGAAAUGCCAUAUCUUUUUUUACCUCUUGACAGUAAAGUGAAUCACAGCGUUUCCUUUCAGAGGGGGCCCAAUAGUAGAGAAAUGAAACAGAAAGCGCUGUAUUCCUCUGAGGUGUCCAGCUGUUCCACAGGCUUUCAGGCCCUUGUUGCCAGAGAGUGCAUUCAUAAAAUGAAUCAGGCCAGCAUAGUUAACCCUCCACAAUCCAAAGUGCAAAGCAAGCAUUAGAAGGUAGUUUAGAAAGCAUCCACUUUUGAGAAGAGAUCACUCUGAGGUUUUGGUCCUAAAGACAAGUUGUUAGUGCUUGAUAGAACACAGUUACAAAGCUACAUAAAUGUAUGUUACUACAAUAUGCAAUGGACCUUUAGAAAGCAUUUUCCCACUGUGAACUCACCCAUCCCAUAAAUACCUUUCUCACCACUAUGUAUGUAUGCGUCUCCUAAAGUAAUGAAUGGUUUGACGAGUAUAGAAAUGCUCAUAAUAGACAAAUAUCUCUGCUGCUUUGCACCCUAAUUUCAAGUAUGAUUUCUUGGGAAAUGAUUCCUGUUUCUGGGAUAUGUCAACUCUAUAAAGGGCAUGUGUGAAAGGUGGGCUAUAUGUGUAUUGUGAUUUUAAUAUGCUGUGUUAAUCUUUCAGUGAAAUUUAUGUUGGGUGACUCUAAAAACAGAAUGCAUUAGUGAAAAUUGGUGAUGAUAUUUGAAUGGAAUGUUUAAUAAGAGAACAACUUCAUCAGUAUUAUCCCUCCAAUGUACUUUAGCAGCAACUGUUCUACAGACUUCAGCAAAGAAGUGGGAUUGCAGAGCUUCUCCAUCGGCUAACCUAAGAGGCCAGCAACUUUUGGCUCUUCCGCUCUUUGAAUUUUUUCCAUUCCAUUUUAUUAUACAAUAAUUCUGUAACUUAGAAGUAGUGCCUGAGUUUGCUUUCUUCCCCCUCCUUACCAAUGCCUGUUUCUUUUGUGUCAUAAUUUAUGGCAGGAACUGACUUUUCAUUAUUUAUUUAUUUAGUAUAUUUAUGCCCCAAUCUUCCUCCCAAACGAGCCCAGGGUGGCAAACCACAAAAUAGAGCUCUACAACAGCCUAUUUAGAAACACCUAAAAGCAACCCCAAACCUUCACAGUUGCUAAUUUCAAGGCUGUCAACCAUCUAAUGGCAAGGUGAUAAAAAAUGUUUUUAAAUUUCUUCUAAAAAUCUCUGAUAGACAUACCUCACCAGGGAGGUCAUUACGCAAACAGGGAACCACUACAGAGAAGGUCGUGCCACGGGGCAGUCCAGCUGGACAACAACCAGGGGUGGCACCACCAAGAGGGCCUCCCUUGCCAACCAUGGGGCCCAAGAUGGUUGUUUUUGGGGGAGUCCUUUAAGUACUUGGUCCCAAACCAUUUGGCUUUUUAUGCUAGGACUGGCACCUUGAAUUGGACUAGUCUGGUGGCUGGUGGCUCCAUUGGGCUGCCCCAUUUAGCAGCCUGGCAGCCACAUUGUGCACUAGCUGUGUCUUCAAUGGCAGCCCCUCCCGGAGCACAUUGCAGGCUCCAUGGGAGACCCCUAGAGCAUGAGCACCAGAGGUCAAGCUGUCUCGGUCCAGGAGUGGCUAGAGCUGGCAAACCAGCCUGAGCUGGGCCUAAGCACUCCCAGCCACAGAAGACUCAAGUGACAAGUUGGAACCCUGGACUACUAAUAGUAGUAGCAAACUAUUUUGAAAGCAUUUUUUCAGCUGAAGAGGGGUGCAAAAAAUGGUUUGAAUUGUGUUCUUGGUCGUCCUAAUCCUACUUCCAUAACUCCUUGUUGGUGUGAAGAGAGUAAGAAUGUCCUCAGAACACAGGACUUGGUGAUGUACCUUUUAAAACAAAAACAAAAACUUUGGGGGAUUUUUUUUUGUCAGGAGUUUGACUUGUAUCUUAAGAUAAAUUUCUGAAGUAAGUGCCUUAAGCUAAGUUCACGGAAAGACAGUUCAUCUUUCCUUCUGUGAACUGCCUUAAUGGUGUAAUCUUUUGUGCCUACUCAGAAGGAAAUGCCACAGAGUUCUGUGGGAUUUAUUGCCACGUAAAUGUGCAUAUGAUUGCAAUCUUAAGGCUAUAUACCCGCUGACCUUUGAGUGAGCCCCCCCUUGACAUUUCUUUUAUGGGUAGACAUUCAUAGACUGAUUGCGCUGUCCACUUGUGCUGUGUGAGAGACAGACAAGGGCUUGCAUUUCAGCAUCAGAAAAAUGUAAAGUAUGCAAAAUAUAAUGAUCAUUUAUUCCUUUUUGUAUUUUCUUCCUGAACCUAAUUGGGAAGACUAUUCCUGAUGUUCUCAGCUGACAUCCCGAGGCUUUUAUUUCAGUAGGAAUUGUUUGAUUUAGAGGACAAAAUAAUAUUCACUCUUGUUUUUUGUGGCCAAGCUACCUUGGGCCUUAGGAACUGAACAUUUCUUUUAAAAUUGUGAACAAUUUGGCAAUCUUACUUGCAAGCUUAGGUAGUGGUUAAAGUGCAUUGUUAGGAUUCUUUUUGUCUUUUUAAAGGACUUCAUGGGUUAGAAGAGUGAAGAAGAGGGGCAUACAAGUAAGAUGUGGGUUUUCCUCCUCCUUUGUGUGUCCUGGAGCGAGCCACUUACUAAUCUGUAGUUUCCUUAUCUAUUAACUCUGGCUAUAUUUACCUGACUGAGCUGAGGCUUACAGGUUGACUCAAGUGGAACUCUGAAUUGGACUACUUUGCAGUCAAAUGUUGUCCUGUAACAGAAGGUUUAGCAAAAAUAUUCCAUAACUUAAACAAUUUCUUUAAAAUAAAGCAUGUUUAAAAUAAUGUGUAAUUUGGCACCGUAAAGUGUCGCUUAAAAGCUUUGAAAAGGAAUUUAAGAUAAUGAAGUUUACACAAAAUCCCCAAUCAAGUAAUAUUUUCUGUAGUUAGAAGUGCAUAGAAUGGGUGUCCAAAGUCCUGUUUUAUGGGCGUGAUAGUGGACUCUACAUUAUUCCUCUAAAAGGCUUUUCUACAAACUACAAAAGGUAUGUGAAAGGUCUCUGGUUCAGUCCCUUUUGUCUCUAGGUAGCUGAGAGGGUUUCUGUCUGCAACCCUUGGUGGAAUUAUUUACUAACUUAACUAAAUACUUCAGCUUUAUUAGUCGGAAGUAAACCAUAUUUCAAUGGAAGUUCCGUCCAGGUAACAUUAGAGGCUGCAUGGAGAGGCAGCACUUUCACUGUUGAACCUCUCUGACUGCUACAGAAAGAAGCUGCGUUGCCCAUUCCGAGUCACGAGGCAGGGUCUCGCCACCACGAAGUGAGCCUGGCUUGUGAUUUCCUUUCAGAAGUUCCUGCUUCAAACACAAGGAACUUGAACAGUUCCUCGUUUAACAGGAAGUUAAUAGUGCAUUUUAAAAUUGCUAAAAUAUUGAGCCCGGUUCUUUUCAGACACAGCAUUCUUCUGCAUUUGUCACAUACUGGUUACCUACAUUGAACCGUCAGUCCACCAUUACAAAGAAAUAAAGAAUUGUUUGAAAAUAGUUUUUAGUAUUUACCUGUCUUGGUUCUUAACUGAAAGGUUGGAAGGGAGCAGCUUGAGAAAACUGGAAUGCUUCCGGUAAUUCUGUAUUUCUGAUGGGCAGCCAGACCAGUUAGAGUUUAGUGAAAUCGCCAAGUUCUAUCAGGUUCUAAGUUCAGAAGCGUAUUCUAGCCAAAGGCCAUGACAAACCUAUAGCAAUAAUACAGAACAUACAGCCAUAAUAGAAGCCAAAAUCCAUGAUGAAAGAGAGAAGGUACCUGAGACACAAACAAGAUUAAAUCUAGGUUGAUUUCAGAUCAAACCCCCCCCCAUCACCCAAACAACAUACAGCUAAUUUAUCUAAAGCUUUUUUCCUGAUUUGUUUUGCAGCUCGUGCAUAGACAGCUGCUCUGUGUAUUACAAAGCUAUGAUUGUCACUCAAACUCAACCGUUGAUGCUGAGGCGCACCUGCUUGCUUAUGCAAAUAAUGAUUUCAGAAAGUGAUAUAAGGGCGAGGCCAACAGAUAAGGAGUGAUUUCUUCCACCUGAGAUUACAAUCUAAAUACAUGUCUACUGUUGUAGUAGACCUUUUCUUUUCUAGUUAUUUUCAGCUAUUUAAAAACGCAAGAGAACGCCAGUACAGUGGUACCUUGAGUUGAGAACUUAAUUCAUUCCGGAGGUCCGUUCUUAACCUGAAAGUGUUCUUAACCUGAAGCACCACUUUAGCUAAUGGUGCCUCCUUCUGCUGCCGCGCCGCCGGAGUACGAUUUCUGUUCUCAUCCUGAAGCAAAGUUCUUAACCCGAGGUACUAUUUCUGGGUUAGCGGAGUCUGUAACCUGAAGCGUCUGUAACUCGAGGCAUCACUGUAACUAAUCAGAUUCUUAUGCCACUGGCUUUUGUUUUAGGAUUCACCAUUAUUUGAGCUCAUAAAGCAGUCUAAGGAGCGAGGUGGGCAGCCUGACCAAGCUGAACCUCCCAACUGCUUCACUCAGCCUCUUCAGCAUAACCACACUGCUGCAGACCUGUAAGUAAAAUUAUGGGUAGAGUCCUAUGAGAAUAUAAAGAUACUCACUUGGUCCAUUGACUCCUUGCCUACUCUGACUGGAAGCAAGUCAUCUACUCCAUUUAAGUUCACAGACGUAGGCAGUGAUCACAUAUGAGAUAGCAUCUCUAUGGGGUCCCCACGGGGAGCACCUUUUCCCAACUGAGCUGGCCGACCUGCCACUACUGUUUGUAGAUGGAGACCGUCUGACCAAGGGGUUCCACACAUUGGCAACCUUGAGAUUGCAUUACUGCAGCGGUAGGGCAUGUUGAAUUUUUCAACUUUCAAAGUUCAAAAUUGAGGGGUGCUAAAAAGUUGUAACAUGACUUGGGAAUUCAAAAGAUAUGUUGGUUAAAUUAAUAUAAUUUAGUUUUGCUCAGUAAGUAAAAUGUGUGUAAAAUUGCAUAGAAAUAAUAAAAAUGACUACCAAGUGCUUGCAGUUACAGGUGAGAUCUGGGGUACCUUAUUGUAUUGUGAAAGAGCUUUAAUACAAUUUUAUGGAGAGAGAGAGAGAGAGAGAGAGAGAGAGAGUUCUGUUAGUGCCUCAUUGGCCCAGGGAGUUGGUUCUCUGAGAGCCUCCCUUGAGCAGUGUCUCCAGGGCUUCCUCUGUCUUCAGGCAGGAGAAGGAAGCUCCUCCAGUUGCAUCAGUCCAGGGUGUCUGUCUAGCCUCAGUGCCCACCCACAUGUCAAAGAUUUAUUGGAGAAGCUAUACUUAUUUCUCCCCUAAGUACACAGAUCCCCUAAAUGGCAAUUACACACAGUACUCAACACUUCCACCAUGGGUGUAGCCAGGAUUGGGGGGGCAGGCAUUAUUUGAGGGGAGGAAGCAUAACUGAGUUAUCUGUGACACAAUCUGUCAGUUAGUUAGUUAUUUUUAUUUAUUUGCUUGACUUAGGGGGGCUGCCUCUCCGGCUAUGUCCAUGUAUUUCACUAAACUUAUUUGAGUCACUGUGUGGAACUGCUCUGCUUCUGUCCUUCAAGACACCUUUUCUGAGUGCUAUGGCAUUGGCGCAAGGAGCGUCUGCAUUCAGUGCGUUAUCCAUCAGUAAAGAUCUAUGUACAGUCCACAGCGACUGUGACUCGUAAGGGUUUGCUUCAAGAUAAUAACAAUAGAUUCCUGUUUUCCACAGAGAACAGGAGUCAGUGCUCCCUUCCUGAUGCCUCCAUGCUCUCUCCCCUGUGCAGGCAUGGGGCACCUUAGGUGUCUAUAGAACUCUGUGCGCACACAGGCACACAGUCAUUUCACAUUUUCAUCCUCGCUCUGAGGCAGAGGCCUCUGAGGCAGAGGCUUAGGAAGCCAUGGCGUGCCAGGUUCCUUAUCUCAGGCCUCCUGUGGGGCUCACAGCACAUUCCACAAAGCAGCAGCUGCAACUGCAGCCUUCAUUACCAUUACCACUAUUCAGGACAUUUCCAGGGCAGCUCUCUGGGGCUCCAGUGCCCACAUUUACGAGACAAUACAGAGUGGGUCUACAUGCAUCAGUUGUGGUGGUCUUUGUUUUUCUGCCUCAGGGAGUGGUGUUUUGAUUCCCACCCUUUGUCCCUACAGGCCCUGGUACAUUGCACAGUCGCAUUUUGCUAGGAAAAUGGAACACUGACCAUGCACUCACCAAAUGGUGCUUACCAUGCAAGGGGGCCAACUUGAAUAAAAUUUUGGGAGACUCAGGGAAGCCCUGCCCUGCGUAACUGAUCACAAGACAUGGUGCAUGCACACCAUUUGAAUGGUGAUGACCAUCAACUUUGGGGGAGCCUAUCCCCCUCAAAUAUUUUAUGGGGGGGCUGAAGGGACCUUGGCCCCUAGGAGUUGGCUCCCAAGUUACUGUGAAUGCAACUUCCCAGCAGAAUAAGUGUGAUAACAACCAGCAGACCCUGCAUACAAACUGCUCCAAGCCUCAUGCAGCAAUCACUGAAGGAUGGGGCAUUCCUGCCCUCAACAGAGUUGCAUUGGAGGCCCUGUAUUUUCACUAGUUUUUCCAUGCUAUAUUCUGUAUAUGUAUUAUUUCCACAUGUUAUCUUUGAUCUUGGAGGAGCUUCCAUCUAGGUUUGGGCGUGACAGUAAGCCUGGGGAGGAGCAAUGGAGGAAGUGAUGAAGUUUAGCCACAUGUUUCCUGCCUAGAGCAAGUGGGAGGAUAUAGUUAGCCCCCAAUAGGCUCACUUGCUUAUUCUGCGAGAAAUGCUCCAUUCAUGGUUCGCAUCCAGUGUUCCAUUCUUGUUGAUUUUGUGUUGUUUCCAUAGGUACCUGUCCCCAACAAAAUCUCCCAAGAAAAAGGUGUCUUCCGCUUCAGUAUAUCCUCCUCCAGAUGGUCAGCACGCAUUGGCAAACCAUCCUCAAAAACCUUAUAAAUCUACUUCUCUCUCACUGUUUUACAAAAAAGGUUGGUGUUGUGUGUGUGACACAUUUUCAUUUUCAGGCAGUGGGCAGAAUCCACUGCAACAGGAUUCCACCUUUCUCUCCCUCCCAUGACUGCCACCUUUGCACCCCAAAAAGCUGUUCCAGAAGGUCUUCCUUCCAUGAGCUUGUAAAGGGCUGCAAGGGGAGAGCCAGAAAGCGGCAGGAGUGGAAUUCUGUUCUGCUCACACCUGGGCAGCAGCAAUGGCUGCCUCACUUGGAUCUUCUGUAUUCCAUUACAGACAUAAACAAGAGAAAGGGAAGGAAUGCAGUCAGGAGCAGGGAGGGGAGGGAAUGAGGUUCAGUCCUGAACAUUUGAGGAAGAUUGGCAAUUCAUAAUAAUGGAGAAAUAAAUACUGUUGCUUGAAAAGAACUGCAUGCAGUGUUCUGCAGAUCUUUUGGCUGCCGCAACUUGUGUUCCUCAAAGCUUCCUAGGAGUGAAAGGAUGUGGUAGAUCUGUAACUCCUAUCAGUAAGCAGAAUUUUUUUUUGUUUAUGCAGUGGGCACUCAUGAUGCAAGCAUAUGUAUUUGGAAACUGCAAAACACUGAUCCUUAUCUCUCUUUUAUUGCAGUUUAAAAAUAGUCCCAAUGAAUAUUUAUUUUCUAGCAUUCUUUUAUCAAAAGUUAAUUUUGAAUCUUGUGGCUAGUGCAAACAGGACAGGACUCCUAUAGCAGAAUAUUAAUACAUUAGAAUAGAUUUAAAGGUUAUCAAAGGAAGAAACUGAGCAAGAAUCAAAGUUAUUGUAUGUUAAAAUACCUUUAUUAUUCAGAUUCAUACAAUAUCUUAGUCUUCACUUGUCACCAUUAACAUUAGUAACAUAACAAACAGCAACAAGGAAAGACUCAGCAAACUAUUGGGGAGACUUUUUUUUUUAUGUAAACAAAAUCUAAUGGAAAAUAUCCAAGACCUAAUACCUGGAUAACCAUGUAAUGGUUAGUAUGGCAGACGUGAGACUGUCUUUGUUCCAUUUCCUUCAAAUCAGACACAGCUUAAGAUCUCUUGAUCAAAAACGUUAAUCAGAAUUUGGAACUUGCAUAAGAGGUUCUUCUUCACCGAACCUUGUUAGCAAAUUUCACCAUUUAUUAAAAAUUGAGCAGCUUUCUUUUUCAUUUAGAAAGAAAUGGAAUAAAGACUUUGUUCAAGAUAUAGACUGGAUAUCAGUAUUUAAACAUAUUCCAACAAAUUUAAUCCAUGCCUAUUAAAGGAAAAAGUUAAUGCAGUAUACCAAAGGCAUCUAAAUCUGCAUAAAUUCAGUAUGGUUUAUACUUCUGAUAUUUGCUAAUUAUUAUGUCCAUUCACGAACAUUUUGGUUCCUGAAUGACAGAAACCCAGGAGUAAGUGCUCCAGUUUUCAAACGUUACUCGGAACACGAACGUCCAACACGGCUUCCGCUGUGCAGAAACCUAGCUGUCAGGCAAUCGGAAGCCAUGCCUCUGAAGCGGAAGGCACUUCUGGAACGGAUUAUAUUCAAGUUCCGAGGUACCACUGGACUGGACUGAUAUUUGGCAAAUUAUAUAAUACCACCUUCCCUCUGUAUCUGAAAGAGAUCCUGCUGGGUAAUUUAAAAGGAGAAAUAGAAUUACAUUAUUUUCAGGGGCAAAAACAUAUUGCCAAAUACUGGAAAUUAGAUUUAAACCUGAAAAUAUCAAAUAUGCGACUGGCUGGUUAAUAGCUGGGAAACAACCAUUUUAAUUUAUUACGCACAUGCAUUUUAACACAGUAAAUAUUCUUAAACCCAAAGCCGCAUAAUUUCUUUAAAACAAGAGUAGAUGCAUCAAAAGUUUUUCACUUCUGUACAUACCACGCUCUGCUCAAAGGUGCAAAUGCAACAAUGCAUUUGAGAAAUGCCGUAGUGUUGCCAAAUAGGCUGUUGGCUGGAACUUUGUUCCAUUUAAAAUCACAGUGCUUUGCUUUAAAUUUCUGCAACCCUAAAUAUUAUGUGACAAGCAGUGAUUUGAAGAUGAUUCUCCUCUCUCCUCUCUAGUGCAUUGGCUGGCUUAUAUGCGAUUGAAAAACUUAUGUUCGCGUCUUCUGUCUGAUCACCCUGAACUUGAACAUUUGAUCUGGACACUCUUUCAUCACACACUGCAAAAUGAAUAUGAACUUAUGAAAGACCGGCACUUAGACCAGGUAAUGAGUCUGGCGGGUGUGAGCUGAUUUCAGUCUUGUGUAGCUUACGCUUCUUUCUUUUUUUAGCUUCUCUGUUGUUCAGAAACGUUGUGCGAAAUUUGCGAAGUAAGUGUGUAUUCUUGUGAAAUCCAGUAGUGUUUCUCAAUCUUCUCCACACAGAGAACCGACCACUUCCUUGUUCUUCCUCUUGCUUCAGACAUAGCCAAAGAAACAUUUAUUAUUAUUUUUAACCUCCCUUGCAAGUCUGAGCUCAUUCUGAGUUUUAGCCUGCCUGACCGUCACCCUGCAACUGUUAGCUACUCGUGUAUACUCCUCCUUAGUGAUUUCCUCUUUCUUCCACUUCUUAUACACACCCUUCUUAAAUCUUAGCUCAUCUGCAAGCUCCUUUUGCAACCACACACUUCUGUUUCCUUCUGAGGUAAAAGAGUAAUAGAGAUGGAUGCUUUCAGCAUUUGGAUGGCACCUCCCCUCCCCCAACAGCUUCAUGCAGUUGUUGAAUAGCAUUGGUGAGAAACAGAGCACUGUGGGACAUCAUGGUACAUAUGCCUUGAGCUGUGCCCCUUAGCACUAUCCUCUAGGAUUUAACUCCUAGGUAAGAGCAGAACCUCUGUAAUAAAUGCCAUCAUCCCAGACAGGAAACCCAGAAGGAUACCAGAGCAAUAGAUUGUUCCCCCUCCACAUAUUUUGCCAUUUGUAGGUUGUCCACCUUGGAAUUUGGAAGUUUCAUUGGGAAACCUUCACCUUAAAAUAGAUUUGAAGGGGUCCAAAUAAUUACUUUCUUCUAAUAGUAGUUUUUUCAGUUUUUUAAAAUUAAUGCUAUAUUGCAGACAUGCCCAGCGCAUACCUCCUGCACGAGAGGAGGGUGAUCCAUGGCCAGCGACCUGGAGUGUGUGCCGGGAGCUCUUCACCAGCGACUGUGAUUCCUUUAAAAAAUAUCUUUUAAUGCUGGUUUUCUGGCGCCAAAAGCGGUGCCUUUGAUUUCGUCUCCUUCUCUGAUCCUUUUGACUCCUCUUAUUUAUAGAGGUGGAGAAUAUAUAUAUAUAUUGCAGGGGGGAAUGGUGUGGGGGGUGAUGAGCGGGCCUUGCUUCUGGGGAGGGGAGAGUGUGAUAGAUCACUGCCAGUAUUUUAUACUGGAUGGUAUCGCAGACUACUUGAGGUUGGACAUGCCUGUAGCCAAGACAUCAAACAUCCUUGCUUCUGAAGAAAUGGAAAACACAUGACAUAGAAUUUUUUGGGGGGUGGGGGGACAAAGCGACAACAUAGCAAAACACUCUAUAGUACUGUGAUUAAAUUAAAAAGAAAAAUAUCAUUUGCACUGUCAUUCCAGAAAUAUAAAAGCAGAGCCCAGCUCUCAAUAAAUUUGUUUCCUCAAUUAUUACGUAUUGCAUUUAUCUCACAGGUCAGGUUUAUGAUUAAGACAAGUUUGCCAGGUUUUGCAUCUCUAAAUGGGCUGGGAAAUUGGGGCAUUUGAAGGAUUACCUUGUGUAAUGUUAACAUAUGAGAAUGCUGGAGGUGAAAUAGUUAAACAAGUUACCCAAUCAGAACCCAGGGGGGUGGAGUCAGAGGAACUAUAAAACUAGCGAAGGGAGGAGUUCGUUGGGAGUUGGGUGGUUGGUUGGAGUGGGAGUGAAUUGGGAUAGUCUGUGGGUAGGUUGAGUUAGUGUAGUGAAAUAAGCUGAGUCAGGAACAGUUAGGGGCUAGGAAGACAAGUAAAUAUCUGAGAGGUGGUUUAGUGAGUGAGAGCAGGUAGUGGAAGUUAUAGGUCUGGAUAGGCACCCCAUGAUUGUAAUUGACCGAUACCGUUUAUGAAACCACACGCUUGUUAAACUUCCAUAAAUAAACAGAAGUUUAUGUUUCAGUUUAACCCUGACUGGACUCAGUAUUGUACCAGGUAGGGCCUGGGGGGUGGCAGCGAGAAAUAAAGUGGUGGCCCGGGGAUCAAUAGACGGUGAAACGUCCGGGGACCCUGGGUGAUCACCACAUCUUGUCCCACAUGAAUGUGUCUGAAAUAUAAGGUCAACAUCAGAGGCAUUCCUUCAGAUGUUUGCACUAGUGAACAUUAGGUGGGUGGAGACCAGAUAGAAGACAUUGUCAGUGAUGGCCCCAGGCUUUAUGAAACGUCUUUCCCAGACACAUGCGGGAGGUACCAAUACUGUUGUUGUUUCCGUGACAAGUUAAGAACUUUUUAUUCUCCCAAACAUUUAUUGGUUAAUUUGGUGCAGUUUUUCUAAAACUUCGUUGCAUGUUAAAAUUGAUAUCUCCCCCCCCCUUUUUUUUACAAGUGCUUGCUGGUUUUUGUGUUAUAAUUUUGUUUGUGUAUUUUUUAUUAUUUGUACAGCUGCUUUUAAUAGAAAAGCAACAUAGGAAUCUUAAAUAAAAUUAAUUAAACUUUUAGGUAAUUCCAAAUAGUGUGUAGUUCCAUUUGUUGAGUGGUUGCUUAGAGUUCAUCUUUUAUAACCUCUGUGAAGGAGCAAAAUGGAAAUGAGGGGCUUCAUUGAUGUCCAGUUCUGACUGGCACUCUCUGUUUUUCCAUAGAUAAUGAUGUGCUCCAUGUAUGGCAUCUGCAAGGUGAAGAACAUUGAUCUCAGGUUUAAAACUAUUGUGACAGCAUAUAAGGAACUCACUAAUGCAAAUCAAGAGGUAUGGGAAACCUUUCAGCAUCAGUUUUCCAUAUAGCUAUUUUAAUUAUGGCUGCUAGUUGGGUUUAACAUUUCUUUGAAACAUUAUGGCAUUGUGAAAAUGUGUUGCCACCCCGUUUUCCUUUUUCUUUUGUCUCCUUUCCAUUUUUAUUUAGAUUAGUUUGUUUUUUUAUUGUAUUGUAUGUGGGGAAAGUAUCAAUAAAAAAGUGGGAGGAGAAAAUGAUAGCAUACGCUGAACAGUGUGGAUGCAUUAGUUCCUUAAAGGAUGUCUUGAAUUUUUGCAGUUCCUGAGUUACAUCCAGGAAUGCCCUAUCAAAAGGCAAUUUUAAACCAAUCCAACCUCAGGAUGGGCACCGUAGAGGGACACCCUUCUAUUAGGACUGUGCUAUGUAGAAGAAUAGAAGAAAAUGCAAAUACUAAAGAGAGCUUAUAUAUAAUUUUCUAAUCCUGUCCAGACUUUCAAGUGUGUUUUGAUUGGGGAAGGAAGAUAUGAUUCCAUUAUAGUCUUCUACAACUCAAUAUUCAUGCAGAAGCUGAAAACUAACAUUUUACAAUAUGCUUCCAAUAAGGUAAGUAGUUGUGCUCCUGUACUGAGUCUAGUGUAAAUUAAAAGAAAUGAGCAAAAAUUAAUUGGAUGGAUUACAGGAUGCCUAUCCUGAUAGGAAACUACAUUAGCUCUUCAUCUCAUGCCUUUCUCCAAGUCCCUUCUGGCAGGGAGGCUCUGAGGACCAGGGAGGGGGCCUUUUCAGCUGGGGUUGCCCUCUGCAGGUUGGUCUGCCUGGCACCUUUGCUGACAUCUUUUUGGUGCCAGAUAAAAACGUCCUCUUUCCUCCAGGCUUUUGAUGGACUGUGAUGUUUCACUACUUUUGAUGGACUGUGAUGUUUCACUACUGAUGCUCUGUCAAAGCUUUCUGCUGCUGUUAGGUAGAUUAUUUUGUGCAUUUUUAAACCAACAACUUGAGUUUUCAUGUGAAUGUAUCUAUAUUAUAAACUGGCACACUGUUAAGACAAUAUUCAUGGAAGACAAUCUUACUCAGCUACGAGUGAUCACCAAAGAAUAAAGUUAUAAUCUAGUAUUACUUACCCUUAUGUUUUUAAAUACGCUGCAAGUAGCUUGGAGGCCUUUUUUGUGUAACAAGGAACUAGCCUGUUUAAUUGAUUAUGAUGUUGUUAAUAAUCAUAUGUUUUCAUGUUAACAGCCUCCAACAUUAUCGUCUCUGCCACACCUUCCUCACAGCCCUUACAAGUUUUCUCAUUCCCCUUUGCGUGUCCCUGCGGGAAACAACAUUUAUAUCUCACCUUUGAAGAGUCCCUACAAAUUCUCUGAGGGGCUGUUGUCACCCACUAAAAUGACACCCAGGUCAAAGUAGGUAACCUGUUUCUUUAAGCAAAUAACUGAAUCAAACACAAAAACAAGCUAGACAGAAUGUUUCUGGGCUGAAAAGAUCAGACUCUUGCUAUACCUUCAUUAUGUGAAUGCUUAGGGGGCUCUGUCAUCUCGUCCCCCUUCCCCAUAUCUGCUACAGGAGAUAGGGGGAUUAUAUUAUAUUAUAUUUUAUAUUAUUAAUUUGGUGCUACUAGUAAUUAGUAAACUAACUACAAGCAAUACUUGCUUUUGCUAUGAAAUAUUUCUUACUGAUUUAUAUGAAAACUUUUUCAAGAUAAUGUGGAAGUAUUAUUGAUAACCUUAAAAAGUAUUAAGGAUUAAAAGUCUGAUGUUUUUAACCUGGAUUUUCAAUUUCUACUUUAGCUAUGUCAUGACUAUCUCAUCUAAAACUUGUUUAGCCAAAUGAAGCCUCUGACUUGGGCUAUUGACACAGAAACUUCAGCGAUCUGAAGGAAAGCAGCUGGGGGAGAGGGCAGGGGAAGCAAGAAAAUUAGUUUAGUUGGGUCAAAUAAAUGAACCACCUCCAAACAGCCUAUUAGAAUCAUGCCCAGACUAGGAACUUCACUCUGACUGGUUGAACAUAUGGAUAUCAGUGGUUAUCAGUCCUUAUCUGUAGCAUUCUCUCCCCUCCCCCUCAGGUUUGUGUUGUAGUUUAGGGAGUUAAGAAAAUGGGUUUUGAUUUCUUUCCUUUGAACAGGAAAUGUCUAGCUGAUAAGACUUGGCACUUCCUAAAUCUGGGUGAAAAGGAGCAAGUUGAGCGUUAUGGGGAGUAUUGUGCAACUUCCUCUUGCAAACGUGACAGUUUUCACAUGUCAUGCCUUGUAUAUGAGGUAACUCUCAUCUUAUGUGAGAGUUUGGUUAAACAUGUGAAGCCAGGCGCCCCCGUAAGCGCUCCCCUGCUGAUGCCUUCUCAAAGCCCAAGUCUGGCUUCAGGAGAGAGGCGUAAGAGCUCAGGCAGGGUCCUACAGUCCUUGUGCCUCCCAAACUUCCUUUUCUGAGUAUACUGUAAUGUUUCACUGUUGCUAUGGCCAUUGGCUAAUGUGAAUAAAGUUCUAUCUAUCUAUCUAUCUAUCCUUGUGCCUCCUUCCCAAAGGCAGGCAAGCGCUUGCCCAGUUUUAGGGAGGAAGUGGGAGGGCUCUAGGAGCCUGCCACAGCCCUUGCACCUCCUUCCCAAAGCUGGGCAAACCCGCGAUCAUAGCUUUAGGCAGGUGGGGAAGAUGAAAAUAAAUAAAUGGAAAGUGGGUUUCCUUCAGUUUCCAUUUAUUCAUUUAUUUAUUUCCCACCCUUCCACGCAAAGCUGCCAUCACAGAAAUAAAAUAAGCAGAAGAUGCAAGUUACCUGUAAUUUUUUGGCAUCAGUUUAAUAGAAAAAUGAGAGUUAUGUUUUUAUCCCAUUCUUGUUUUUGCAGAAUAUUGGUCUCAAUAGGAGAAUCCUUUGGGGUGAGUUUUGUGUUUGAAAUGAUAAUUGCUUUAAAAUGGAUUUAGAGUAUUAUGGUCAAGAUGCACGUUACAGAGCUACAACAUGUCCCUUAAAUCUUUUUAAAUAAAGAACAUCUGCUGGCCACACUGGAAGCAGUGCGUGAAGCAGUUUUGUGGUUGGCUCUUUCCCCUCACAAUUUGCACCCCUCAAGCUACAUGUCUUGCUUCAGGCAAAAAGAUACAAGAAUCUGUUUUUCUUCCCCUAUACUGAGGUGAGACAGGAGCAGCCUGAGGGGGGCAAUUUUGAGAGGAAAUUUACCAACAAGGAAAGGGCUAAACACUCUCCCCUCCCCCCGUCACCUUCCUGCCCUUCUGAUUUCCGCUCCAUCAUUAAUAGCGAACUAAAGUGGUUGAAUUCCAGUUAGUUUGGAAGUGAGCAGAGCCACACAAAAAUAAGAUACAGUCAUACCUUGGUUUUUGAACGGAAUGCGUUCCAAAAGUCCAUUCGACUUCCGAAACAUUCGAAAACCAAGGUGCGGCUUCUGAUUGGCUCCUGAUUGCGCAGGCGCACCGGAAACAGUAGCGGAAGCCGUAUUGGAUGUUUGGCUUCCAAAAUAACGUUCGAAAACUGGAACACGCACUCCGGGUUUCGAUCGUUUGGGAGCCGAAACGUACAAGUACCAAGGCGUUCAACUGUAGUGGUUUCUACCCCUCUGGGCUAAGUUUGCACAAGGACUGCAGUCCUUGCUCCAUGCUGGUUGGGACCUUGAACAAGUUCACAGUAAGCAAACUUCCAUUCUCUCCUUGGGCUCAGGUUUUUUUUUUGUUUCCUCCCUCCAUUAACAUUCAGCAGCUUAUAGUACAGUAUCCCAGAAGGAGUGAUGGUUAGAGUUUGGAGAGCAAGUGCUAUGAUAUUAAAAAAUAAAAACAAAUAAACACCAGCUCCCUAUCCUAAUCUAUGUGAGGCUGUUUCGGGAAUAAGGAAAGGAAAAAAAGAUGUAUUUUUCCUGCUGAGACUUUGAUGAGUUAAUCCAGUCUUGUGCUUGGUAGAGGUCUAUUCCUGUAAUAUUCGACUGGAGGAAGGGAAGGGGAAGAGAUCUACUCGUUUCUCCUUUGCCCUCUGAAGGGUGGAAAGACCUCUGGAGCACCAUGGGAGGUUGUGAUGGAUCUGUUCCCUCCACAAACAGAAGGGCAACUCUGGAUCAAACCCAUAGUACUGUAUUUCUAAGAUAAAAUGAUGGAUUUUAACUUUUGUGUGGUUCUCUGGCAUUCUAGACUUCUGAAAAGUUUCAGAAGAUAAACCAGAUGGUGUGCAACAGAGAUCAUAAUCUAAAACGCCAUGCUGAAGUGAGCACAGCGCCCAAACCUCUGAAGAGGCUGCACUUUGAUAUUGGACAAGAUGAAGCAGAUGGAAGGUGAGCUUGUUUUUAAAGUGGUUGAAUUCAGUUGUCUUCAUUGAUAUAAAAUACUUUCUAAAAGGAGAAUGGAAUGUUUGAUUAAGUGCAUGUAUGUAUAAUUAUGGCAAUUAACAUGUUUUAUUUUUAUACAAAGUGAUAAGGCAGUUUCUGAAUUUUCCUUUUUUUUUUUUUUUAAUAGUAUUUAUUGGUUUUACAAAAACAAAUUCCAAAAGAUGUGGAAAAAUACAAAAAUUCGACAAACAGAAAACAACAAUAACCAUAACAAAAAGCAAACAUAGAUAACAAUAUCCCUGACACAAAAAGGAUAUCCCUGACACAAAAAGGAGUUUCUGAAUUUUCCAAAGCAGCUCUUAAGUCUUGCUGUAUUUUAUAUUGAAAUGUGGCUUGUUUCUUCUACAGUACAAAUGAUGACACUGGAAAUUUUGGUGACGCCUCUGUGUUUCUAUGGUUAUAUAACAGGUUUCAUACAGUAAAUGAAAUUAUGCAAAUGCCUAAAGUGCAGUGUAGGCUGUGUAUUUCUCUCUGUGUGUACACACACACAUUAAGCUUGAAUGAGAAACUCUGGUUUAAAUGAUUAAAUUACGUUCUGAUCUGCCGAAGGAGAUUCCUUCACUCCCUGGGAAAUUCCACACAGAGAUUAGGUGCAAUGUACACUGAAAGUCAUUCGGUGCCAUUUGCCAAACAUGUAUCCAUGUUCUCAUCUGGUUUGCAGUGGGAAAGCACAUACACAUUUGCUGCCCUGGGGCACUAGCCAGCCAACCAUGCUUUCUGGAUCAGAGUAUUGUGUAACUGGGUUUUUCUCUCUCUACAGGGAACACCUCUCUGGAGAUUCCAAGUUCCAACAAAAGCUUGCAGAAAUGAGUAAGUUCUUGUCCCCAGGGAAAGAUAGUUCUCAAUAUAACGGAGAGUGACAUUCUCAGGAAAGGAGGAAGAGGGGAACAAUUCCUUAGAAUGACCCGUUCCUUGAGGCAUGAGCAAUUGUCCUCUCAGGCCAAAGCUAUUCCUCUGGGGGAGUGAUCUUGGUCGUGGGUCAAUCAGUCAUUAGGAACAAGAAAGCCGCAUGUGAUGGGGAUACAAGACUGGUGCAAAGAUUGUGGAUGCUGCCUGUUGUCUACGUAACCUUGUAGAUUUCUGGAGAGGAGUCAGUGGUCAUGGUGCACAUUGGCACCAAUGGCAAAGGGAAAUAUAGCUGUGAGGUCCUAGAAGUGAACUUUAGCUCGGCAGGAUGUUGAGUCAGGACUCUCAAGGUAACUGCCUCUGAGGCGCCACCAGUUCCAAGCCCAGGGACAGCUUGACAGCAGAUUGGUCUGUGUGUGUGGAUGAGACGGUAUUGCGAGGAGGAGGUUUGGACUUAUUUGGCACUGGGGAAUAUUUUGGGACGAGCCAAGCCUGUACAAGAGAGGCAAGCUGCCCUUGAACCAGCAUGGAACCAAACUAUUGACACUUACAAUAUAAAGGUGGCAAAGCGGCUUUAAAACAGACUGUAGGGGGGAAGUUGAUAGGAACCGAGGAGGGUCCAGUUCAGAAUAAAUCUUUCCACCGAAAUGAAGGUGAAAUUUUGUUCAAAUGUCUUUGGCACUUGGUUUUAGUCUGUGGUGCUUUGACUUCUUUGAACUGCUGCCAUGCACCACUGCACUUUCAGUGCCUAGAUUCUGUCUCCUUUAUAAGGAGAGAAGCUGUGUAUAAAUUUAUAUGCCAAUGCUAGACACUUCUGAGUCCGUAAGUGUGAGUUUUCGUGCUUGGUCUUAGAGGAGAGCAUUGAUAUAAGGGGCAUAUGGAGAACAUGGUAGACUGGAGAAAACCAGUGGGAUGCAGUUAGCUCUGUCUGAACACAAAAUCCAUAGUAAAGGCAGGGAAGGAAGCACUGGAGGGGGCAUCAUUCGGUAUGUCAAAUAGGGCACAGAGUCCAGCAAACUGGAAAUUCCCAAAGGGCAAGAUUUCUCCAUAGGAAUGCUGCACAUGGUGAUACUGUGUCCCAAAGCUAAUUUAGUGCUGGGGGUGUGUGCCAUCAGCCCCCUGACCAGUUUGCUCAGGGCGAUACUGAGAAAGGCUGUCGUAAUAGCUGAUUACCAUACCCUCAUGUAGACAGGGUAUAUGUGUGCGAAGAGGUAGAAUUUUUGAUGCACUGAAUGACUUUGCCUUAGUUGUUCAUGGAACUGACCAGAGGACUUCAUCUUAAGUGGCACCCGGGAUGCCUUUCCCCCUGAAAGGGAAUCAAGGCAGCUUACAGAUAAAAUAGAAAUAGCUUAAAACAUUUUUUGGUGGGGUGUCAUUAAAACCAGUUAAACAUUAAUAGAAUUAAAAGGUGUGCAUGUAUAUAAGAUCUAUUAAAACACAGAGAUCAUUACAAUAAAAGCAGCGUAAGGUAAAGGUAAAGGGACCCCUGACCAUUAGGUCCAGUUGUGACAGACUCUGGGGUUGCAGUGCUCAUCUCGCUUUAUUGGCUGAGGGAGCCGGCGUUUGUCCGCAGACAGCUUCCAAGUCAUGUGGCCAGCAUGACUAAGCUGCUUCUGGCGAACCAGAGCAGCGCACAGAAACACCAUUUACCUUCCCGCUGGAGCGGUACCUCUUUAUCUACUUGCACUUUGACGUGCUUUCAAACUGCUAGGUUGGCAGGAGCAGGGACCGAGCAACAGGAGCUCACCCUGUCGCAGGGAUUCGAACCGCCGACCUUCUGAUUGGCAAGUCCAAGGCUCUGUGGUUUAACGGUCAGUUCCCAAAAGCCUGUUGGAAUAGAUUAUUCACCUGCUGGCAGAAAGAAGCCAGUUUAGCCUGUAUAGGGAGGGAGAUCCAAAGUCUGGGAGUAGUUUAAAGCAAAACAUUCACACCAAUGGGGUGUUGGCCAUGCACAAACAGCUGUGCAGUUUUCCAAGUCUGGGUUUCUUGAUUUCGACUGUGUUAGUCUCCAGUGCUGGCGUUCUUGGACUCAGAUGGGUUUCCUGCCCCCUUGUGCUCUUAAGUCAGGUCCUUUUAAUAACGGAUGCAGUCCCAGGUUUUUCUGUGCCAACUUUUCAUUAUUCCUCUUGAUACUGUUUUUAUUCAUUCUCUUUACAUGUCCAUUGUAAUGAGCACCACCUUUGUAGAACAAAGGCCGGAUUAGCUGCUUAUUUGCCUUCCACUUAUUUUUCCUAUUUAAUGCCCAAAGUAAAACUGUCGUGCUUGUUUUUUAGCAUCUACUCGAACCAGAAUACAAAACCAGAAACUGAAUGAUGGAGCUGAUACUUCAACCACUGAUCAAAAGUGAACUUCCACAUUAUGUGAAUUGUAUGUUUUGCUGUAUCUUUAUUGUCUACAUUAUCUUGUCAUUUGCUAAUUUGAAAUAGUUGGGCUUUAUAGCCAAUGUUUUAUAGCAGUAUGCAAUAUUAGCUACUUAAUUGCCACAUAUAUGGGUUUUUAAAGUAAAAAAAUCUUUGCUUCCAAAUGCAGCAUUGGUGGUUUAAUACGCUUUUGUUUUAUUUAUACAAAUUCCUUAGAGCAAAGGCACCUGAGAUUUAAGUAGACAGUCAAAAUGCACUUGUUUUAUAAGAAAUGUCAUUUCAGUUUUAGACUUGCAUGCACUAUUUACCUAUUUUAUGCAUUAGAAACAAACAAGCAAACAAAAAAGCAGUUCAUACAUAAUUUAAUUACACAUGCAAGGACUAAGAUCUACAAUAAUGUGUAUAACUUGAACAUGAGGUGUAAAAGCUUAUUGUACUUGAGUAGGACUGGAUCCAGCUCACUGUGUAGCCAUACUACUGAAACAGAGAUGCUGUACCUCAUUAAUAUUUCCACCUUCAUUCCUUUUGUUUUCAAGCACUUAUUUGCUUUUUGUAAUCUGGUGGGCUUCUUGAAUUUUACUGAAAUGUACUGAUAGGCAUAUUCAUCAUUUUCUUUUCUGCAGUACAAAUACUAAAUGUGCUCUUUUCCAUCCAUAUCUUGAACAAAAAAAGAUGUUAAAAGCUUUCAUGCAAAUAGGUGGUUGAAUUUUAAAGCUUAACUAGGCUAUGAAAAUGAAACCCUGGGGUUUUACUAGCAAUAAGUUUAAGAUUUUGGCUACUAAAGUUUAACUAUCCUAUUAUAAUUAUGUAUUGAAGCAAAGGUGACUACUGUCCAUUGGAAGUAUUAUUCUUUAUACAGAUAAAUAUUACUGCUUCAAGGAUUAAUUUCACUUUUUCAUGUAAGAAGGGAUAGUAAGCAGCAAUAUAUAGUUUUCCUUGUAGUUAUGACCUUGAAUUCUCAUAACCCUGUGCAUUUGAUUUUGGUCCUAGGGUGGCAUAGAGGUGAACUAUAAAAAUGGAUUUUUUUCUCACCUUUGUCUCCAAGUAUGGAUUAUUUUCAUGCUGCAUGAUUUAUGGUUUAGAGAAAAAAAACUACAUUCUUGAAAUGUUUAUUUCAGUACAAUACACAUUUACAAACACUGGUAGUAUAACAUUAAUAGUGAUUUCAAUGCAGUCAGAUUGCUAGCAAAAUCCUAGUGUGUAACUAUUUUUAGGGCUUUUUCACCUUUAGUUUAUUAGGGUUUUUGUAUUACUACAAUACAGUUCAUAUUCGCCUGCC